AUGGAUAUCAGAUUCAUGACUGCUCACUCUCCAUUGGUGACCAGAUCCAGAAUAUAUGGAAUGGUGAGAGGACCCCUAUUUCUACAUUCAUUCUUGUGGAGAAAAACCUAACCAUGUCUAUAGUGAGUUGGUCUCAGUCUGAUGUAGUCUUUCACAAAUGAAAACCACAAUGGCUCUACCAGCUGUGUGUGUGUGCAGGACUGGGAGACUGAGGAGAAUCCGAUGGCAUGGAUCGCUAGCUGUGGAUUUCAUCGCGUGAUAUAGAGUCUGGUCUGUUCAUUCGUAGGGUAAACAUUUGUCGAGCGGCAUAUUUCGGUGCUCUGUAAACGCCAGACGUUUGACUAACAGUGAAUGCCCUGCAGUGAAUGCCCUGUGGCCUAUUUAUUUUUUGUAUUUGUAUAAACAAGGUUAAUACAGAAGAGCUUAUGUAUUCUCCACAUUCUCUAGGAUGUUUUCUUUGGAACGACUUGUGUGAGGAUUGAGAAAGUGCACUUCAUCUGACUCUAAGCUUUCUGGCCUAAUGUUAGUGCAGAGCCUCAGCCUAGCUUGGGCUGGCUGUGUGUGUGUAAUAAGAUGGAUUAGCUUUAAAAUGCACUCUUUAAAUCAUUGGCUAAUUAGCUGGCAUUUCCGCACUGGAGAGCAGUGAAUACUGACAAGCUGUGUGCAGUUGGGCUGCUGAGUGCUGCUAACUGAGUUGAGCAUUGUCACAGAUUUUGAAUGCAGUUUUUCCACAUUUGACAGGGAGCCAAGUUAUGUUCAUUUAGUUUUUGUUGGUCAAAUAAUAAAAAUCACCUGAGAAGUUGGAGAAGUCAAGUCUUUGUCAGGUAAUGUAAGACUCUUUGUUUAGGUAGGACGCUUUGUACUAUCCUUGAUAUCUGGCCUCUGUUUUCCUCCAUGAGGAGCUGUGGUACAUUUCAGUUUCCAGGACAAGGAAUGUCUCGUCAGCCGUAGUUUUCUUCUCUAUCGGGUCGCUUUCAGGAGUGAGAUGAAGUGACUGUUUGUAAGCAAGUACACAAUUUGUGCUACCUAUGGGAUUAUUGCUACAGCACCUCAGUUGGUCCAGAAGCAAUCUUGCCUGGGUACAGCUCCACAGCAGCGGUAGGCGGUAGUGAUGGGGGGGAAAGAUAGUUACAUAUUGCAAUAUUAUUUUGGACGGUGUUAUAUCGAUAUUUUGACUCCAAGUAUUUAUUUUUUUUUAUUUUUUUUUUGCUAGAUAGCGUUAGCUAGCGCUAGUCGGCUGUACCUGUGCGAAAACACCAGCAUUUUUCAUCCUAUAGUUUGUUCUCCAUCUUCCUUUUUAAAUAGUGAGCAAACAUGUUUUCAGCACUUUUAUUUUCAUGACUGAUCAAAACUAAUUUUCUCAUGCUCUCUCGUCUCUCUGCAGCAGACAUGCACUGAGUGUAAUAAACAUUAGGAACACCUGCUCUUUCCAUGACCUAGACUGACCAGGUGAAUCCAGGUGAAAGCUAUGAUCCCUUAUUGAUGUCACCUGUUAAAUCCACUUCAAUCAGUGUAGAUGAAGGGGAGGAGACAGGUUAAAGAAGGAUUUUUAAGCCUUGAGACAAUUGAGACAUGGAUUGUAUAUGUGUGUCGUUCAGAGGGUGAAUGUGAAAGACAAAAGAUUUAAGUGCCUUUUGAACGUGGUAUGGUAGUAGGUGCCAGGCGCACCGGUUUGUGUCAAGAACUACAACACUGCUGGGUUAAUUAUGGAUGCUGACAUGGCUAUGGGCUGGUUCAGUCAAAUUGUUGUCAUAUCUUGUGACAAAUAUAGUUUAUAUAUCUUAUGAUAUAUACAGUACCAGUCAGAAGUUUGGACACCUACUCAUUCAAGGGUUUUUCUUAAUUCUUUUUACUAUUUUCUACAUUGUAAAACAAAUCAAAAUAUAUUUUAUAUUUGAGAUUCUUCAAAUAGCCACCCUGACCGCUUUGCACACUCUUGGCAUUCUCUCAACCAGCAUCAUGAGGUAAUCACCUGGAAUGCAUUUCAAUUAACAGGUGUGCCUUCUUAAAAGUUAAUUUGUGGAAUUUCUUUCCUCCUUAAUGCGUUUGAGCCAAUUAGUUGUGUUGUGACAAGGUAGGGGGGUAUACAGAAGAUAGCCCUAUUUGGUAAAAUACCAAGUUCAUAUUAUGGCAAGAACAGCUCAAAUAAGCAAAGAGAAACGACAGUCCAUCCUUACUUUAAGACAUGAAGGUCAGUCAAUAUGGAACAUUUUAAGAACUUUGCACGUUUCUUCAAGUGCAGUCGCAAAAACCAUCAAGCGCUAUGAUGAAACUGGCACUCGUGAGGACCGCCACAGGAGUGGAAGAUCCAGAGUUACCUCUGCUGCAGAGGAUAAGUUCAUUCGAGUUACCAGCCUCAGAAAUUGCAGCCCAAAUAAAUGCUUCACAGAGUUGAAGUAACAGACACAUCUCAACAUCAACUGUUCAGAGGACUGUGUGAAUCAGGCCUUCAUGGUCAAAUUGCUGCAAAUAAACCACUACUGAAGGACACCAAUAAGAAGAAGAGACUUGCUUGGGCCAAGAAACACGAGCGAUGGACAUUAGACCGGUGGAAAUUUGUCCUUUGGUCUGGAAUCCAAAUUGGAGAUUUUUGGUUCCAACCGUCGUGUCUUUGUGAGACGCAGUGUGGGUGAACGGAUGAUCUCCGCAUGUAUAUUUCCCACCAUAAAGCAUGGAGGAGGAGGUGUUAUGGUGUGGGGGUGCUUUGUUGGUGACAGUGUCUAAUUUAUUUAGAAUUCAAGGCACACUUAACCAGCAUGGCUACCACAACAUUCUGCAGCGAUAUCCCAUCUGGUUUGGGCUUAGUGGGACUAUAUAUAUUUUUUUUUCAACAGGACAAUGACCCAACACACCUCCAGGCUAUGUAAGGGCUAUUUUACCAAGAAGGAGAUUGACGGAGUGCUGCAUCAGAUGACCUGGCCUCCACAAUCCCACGACCUCAGCCAAAUUGAGAUGUUUGGGAUAAGUCAGACCGCAGACUGAAGGAAAAGCACCCAACAAGUGCUCAGCAUAUGUGGGAACUCCUUCAAGACUGUUGGAAAAGCAUUCCAGGUUAAGCUGGUUGAGAGAAUGCCAAGAGUGUGCAAAGCUGUCAUCAAGGCAAAGGGUGGCUAUUUGAAGAAUCUCAAAUAUAAAAUAUACUUUGAUUUGUUUAACACUUUUUUUGGUUACUACAUGAUUCCAAAUGUGUUAAUAGUUUUGAUGUCUUCACUAUUAUUCUACAAUGUAGAAAAUAGUAAAAAUAAAGAAAACAUUUGAAUGAGUAGGUGUUCUAAAAUCUUUGACUGUAUGUGUGUAUAUAGUUGAAGUCGGAAGUUUGCAUACACUUAGGUUGGAGUCAUUAAAACUCGUUUUUCAACCACUCCACAAAUUUCUUGUUAACAAACUAUAGUUUUGGCAAGUCGGUUAGGACAUCUACUUUGUGCAUGACACACGUAAUUUUUUCAACAAUUGUUUACAGACAGAUUAUUUCACUGUCUGUAAACAGAAUCACAAUUCCAGUGGGUCAGAAGUUUACAUACACUAAAUUGACUGUGCCUUUAAAAAGCUUGGAAAAUUCCAGAAAAUGAUGUCAUGGCUUUAGAAGGUUCUGAUAGGCUAAUUUACAUAAUUUGAGUCAAUUGGAGGUGUACCUGUGGAUGUAUUUCAAGUUCUACCUUCAAACUCAGUGCCUCUUUGCUUGACAUCAUGGGAAAAUCAAAAUAAAUCAGCCAAGACCUCAGAAAAAUAAUUGUAGACCUCCACAAGUCUGGUUCAUCCUUGGGAGCAAUUUCCAAACGCCUGAAGGUACCACAUUCAUCUGUACAAACAAUAGUACGCAAGUAUAAACACCAUGGGACCACGCAGCCAUCAUACCGCUCAGGAAGGAGACGCGUUCAUUCUCCUAGAGAUGAACGUACUUUGGUGCGAAAAGUGCAAAUCAAUCCCAGAACAACAGCAAAGGACCUUGUGAAGAUGCUGGAGGAAACAGGUACAACAGUAUCUAUAUCCACAGUAAAACAAGUCCUAUAUCGACAUAACCUGAAAGGCAAGGAAGAAGCCACUGCUCCAAAACCGCCAUUAAAGAAAACCAGACUACGGUUUGCAACUGCACAUGGGGACAAAGAUCGUACUUUUUGUAGAAAUGUCCUCUGGUCUGAUGAAACAAAAAUAGAACUGUUUGGCCAUAAUGACCAUCGUUAUGUUUGGUGGAAAAAGGGGGGGCUUGCAAGAAGAACACCAUCCCAACCAUGAAGCACAGGGGUGGCAGCAUCAUGCUGUGGGGGUGCUUUGCUGCAGGAUGGACUGGUACACUUCACAAAAUGGAUGGCAUCAUGAGGAAGGAAAAUUAUGUGGAUAUAUUGAAGCAACAUCUCAAGACAUCAGUCAGGAAGUUAAAGCUUGAUCGCAAAUGGGUUUUCCAAAUGGACAAUGACCCCAAGCAUACUUCCAAAUUUGUGGCAAAAUGGCUUAAGGACAACAAAGUCAAGGUAUUGGAGUGGCCAUCACAAUGCCCUGACCUCAAUCCUAUAGGAAAUGUGUGGGCAGAGCUGAAUAAGUGUGUGCGAGCAAGGAGGCCUACAAACCUGACUCAGUUACACCAGCUCUGUCAGGAGGAAUGGGCCAAAAUUCACCCAACUUAUUGUGGGAAGCUUGUGGAAGGCUACCCGAACCGUUUGACCCAAGUUAAACAAUUUAAAGGCAAUGAUACCAAAUACUAAUUGAGUGUAUGUAAACUUUAGACCCAUUGGGAAUGUGAAAUGUCAGGAAUUGUGAAAAACUGAGUUUAAAUGUAUUUGGCUAAGGUGUCACCACCUUCCGGAGACAUUUGAAACCCCACCUCUUUAAGGAAUACCUGGGUCAUGAGGUCGAAGGAAUUGUCCGUAGAGUUCAGAAACAGGAUUGUGUCGAGGCACAGAUCUGGGGAAGGGUACCAAAAACGUUCUGCAGCAUUGAAGGUCCCCAAGAACACAGUGGCCUCCAUCGUUCUUAAAUGGAAGAAGUUUGGAACCACCAAGACUCUUCCUAGAGCUGGCCGCCCGGGAGAGAAGGGCCUUGGUCAGGGUGGUGACCAAGAACCUGAUGGUCACUCUUGCUCCAGAGUUCCUCUGUGGAGAUAGGAGAACCUUCCAGAAGGACAACCAUCUCUGCAUCACUCCACCAAUCAGGCCUUUAUAGUAGUGUGGCACCUAAAGGACUUUCCGACCAUGAGAAAAAUAUUAUCUGGUCUGAUGAAACCAAGAUUGAACUAUUUUUGGCCUGAACGCCAAGCUUCACGUCUGGAGGAAACCAGGCACCGCUCAUCACCUGGCCAAUACCAUCCCUACGGUGAAGCAUGGUGGUGGCAGCAUCUUGCUGUGGGGAUGUUUUUCAGCGGCAGGGACUGGGAGACUAGUCAGGAUCGAGGGCAAAAAUGUACGGAGCAAAGUACAGGGAGAUCCUUGAUGAAAAUCUGCUCCAGGACCUCAGACUAUGGUGCAGGUUCACCUUUCAACAGGACAACGACCCUAAGCACACAGCCAAGACAACACAGGAAUGGCUUUGGGACAAGUCUCUGAAUGUCCUUGAGUGGCCCAGCCAAAGCCCAGACUUGAACCCGAUCAAACAUCUCUGGAGAGACCUGAAAAUAGCUGUGCAGUGACGCUCCACAUCCAGCCUGACCGAGCUUGAGAGGAUCUGCAGAGACGAAUGGGAGAAACUCCCCAAAUACAGGUGUGCCAAGCUUGUAGCGUCAUACCCAAGAAGACUCAAGGCUGUAAUCUCUGCCAAAGGUGCUUCAACAAAGUACUGAGUAAAGAGUCAGAAUACUUAUGUAAAUGUGAUAUUUCCGUUGUUAAUUUUUAUAAAUUUGCACAAAAUUCUAAAAACCUGUUUGCUUUGUCAUUAUGGGGUAUUGUGUGUAGCUUGAUGAGGGAAAAAAACAAUAAUCAAUUUUAGAAUAAGGCUGUAAUGUAACAAAGUGGAAAAGGUCAAGGGGUCUGAAUACUUUCCGGAUGCACUGUAUAUACACACACACACACACACACACAAUAUAUAUUAGUUAAUGAGAUCUGAUCAUAUGCAUAGUUGAUCAACCCUGGUCAUUAGAAAUGUCAUGAACAACAUGCAGAGGUAAUAUUGUGUGUGCGGGAGUUGUCUUUGCUACAAUGAAGUCGACCCUGAUCAUUGCAAUAAUAAAACCAUUGGGACAGUGUUGUCGAUCCUCUAGCACCUCCUCUUUUUGCUCCACUCUUUUGGGAUCCAAACGGACUGUUUUCCUGUGUGGAUAGUACUCUCUCCUCGUUGCUCCCCUCCAGAGCAGACAGCCACCCUGAGCAUAUAAGGCUCCAGCUGGGUCAGCAGCUCUUUUGUCCACUUCUCUCAUUUCCUCCCAGAAUGCAGUGGGAGAGAGCAACAACGGGCCCCACAGCGGAGUGGCCAGAGCCCCGUCCCAGGGAGUGACAGUCAGUGAAUGAACACAUUAAACACACACACACACACUAUGCAGUACUGUUUGUUUAGGGAGUGUCAGAGGGAUGGAAGGGGGAUGGGUAUAAUUGAAUUAUUUAUAAAGCCAAAGCCACACAUGAGAGAGAGAUUAACUUGAAUAGACCAGAUUUCUUUCCCCCAUCAAAUAAAGCCAAUCGGUUAAAGAGACUUCCCGUUUUGUGUCUCAUAGGAUUUAAAUUACCUUUAAUUUGUGGUGAUAUGAUACAGAUAUACACUAAAUACUCCCAAUUUCAAAUAGUAGCUGUCCACCUUUGUAAAUGCCACUUGCAAUUGUAAUACACUAAUAUAAUAUACCAUUUAGCAGACAUUUUUAUCCAAAACGACUUACAAUCAUGCAUGCAUACAUUUUUCGUAUGGGUGGCCCCAGCAUGAAUCUGGGCUGAAUGAAACCGACAAUACUGGUGUUGGAAGUGCCAUGCUUGACCAACUAAGCCACAGAGGACCAAUUGUCUACUGUAGCAGCUGAUAUUAUAGCCUCACUCACCAGGCAAAUAAUUAGACUACUAACUAUAACAGUUUGCAAUCCACCCAGAGAGAGACUGCCAUUAAAGCUAGUGAGGUGGCUUAUUAAUGAAAAAGUAUUAUCGUAGAGGAAGUAAAGGGCUUUGCUAUUUCAGAUAAGGCCUCUGCUGCUGUGUAAAGACACUGCAUAGUAUGUCACUGCUGUAUGAAGGGACAUAUAGUUUUAUAUGGUUAUAAUGGCUUUUCAAUGGCGUUGGAGCAGUCAGGACAGUUACUUUCCCCUGCACACACAUGCACAUGUAGUCCAUGCACAUGUGGUCCUCUGUAGCUCAAUUGGUAGAGCAUGGCGCUUGUAACGCCAGGGUAGUGGGUUCCAUCCCUGGGACCACCCAUACGUAAAACAUGUAUGCGCACAUGACUGUAAGUCGCUUUGGAUAAAAGCGUCUGCUAAAUGGCAUAUUAUUAUUAUAUUAUGCACCUACGCACGCCCACACGCGUAAGCACACACACAAACUGUUAAUGAGAUUCCUCUCGCUCGCUCUCUCCCUCUUUCUCUCUCUCGCUCAUCUCCUCCAAGGACGGUAGUUAACUCUCCCUCGUUUCUACCUGUGUCGUCCUCUCAAUGGUUUAACCUAAUUCCUGCAUUGGGGGGAAAUUAUGACGUUGAGAGAGUUUCCUGUCAUUAUGUAGGCUAGCUAGCAGAGUCCCAGAGGUCACUGUGCUGCCAUGGCCCUCGUCACCUCCCUACACCACACACACACGUAAGCACACACACGUAAGCACACUAGGGCUGAUCCCAUUUAGUCAAAUGGUCGAUUGUUUGGUCGAUAGGCUGUUGGUCGACCAAGAUUUCUUUAGUCGAGCAGACACCUGUCUGAUUUGCGCCUGUCUGAGUGGACUAAUCCAUUGUGGAGUCCACAGGGAUGGCACAGUCCAUCACUCUAAGACGUGAUACUGAAAUUGUAUAUGGUUAUAUUAUGUAAAAAUAAUGGUGCAACACUGAUAAAUAUAAAAUUAUUUUAUAACAUGCGCUUUCUCCCUCGUUGGAUACGGACACUGUCCGCGGUUCUGAAACAAUCUUCAGUGCGCCGUAGAAUUAGCGCCUUUCCCUAUGUUGCUAUGUGCAUAAUGGCAAAGUUAACCAGCAUAUUGGGAUUGAGAGCAAUGCGGCAGAGGCAGUAGCAGCAGAGACGAGGAAACAGCCCUUGCCUUAGCCUAAUUGUCUAAGAAAAUUGAGAGGAAACCCCUGAAUUAGGUCUAUAAUCAAUAGCCUAGGGCUGGGCGUAUGGCCAAAAUAUCAUAUCACGGUAUUUAAAUAAAAAAAUAGACGGCAUGACAGUGUUUUAAUACCGGUGUAUCAUAAAAUACGGUAUACCGCCCAGCCCUACAAUAGCCUAACUGUUAAAUGUGCCUGUCUUUAUAAAUCAUCCAUAUACAGUACAGUAUAUCUACAGAAAUAAGACAGAUCUUGCUUCUGUUGCCUGUUUGAGUGUUUGUUUAAUAGCCUACUGAUUCUGUGAGCGCCAAGCCUCAUACAACACCAAAAUGUCGGAUAAAGAAAUUCCACAGAUUCGGCUGUUUUAGAAUCUUUGCUAUGCUGUAAUAAAGGCUUUACAAUUUUUUCCCGUUAGAACAGACUGGUAUUACUUAUAAUUUAUUUAGUGUUUACACCGUUCUAAACAGGCAGAAAAAUAAUAUUGUAAUCUAACCGCACCUGUUUGUCACACACAAUAUGCACGCAGCGCUCGCUCCUAUACCCUCCUUUUUCUUAAUCUCCUUAUUGUUAUUAUGAGUCAUGUCGUUAUCAUUAGUAGGCUUUGUAUAGUAGCCUUGUAUAACCACCACCGAGCUGUAGGCCUAAGAGUGCAUCCUGUUUAGUCUUAAUACCGUAACUUAUUUAGGCCUAUAUUUCAAUAUAUAGGCUACUGUAUCAGUCAAUCAAUCAUUCAUUCGUUCAUGCUAUCACACAGCAUACGAGACAUUAAUGCUUUGAAAUGCAAUUAAGCAUUUUAGUUUUAAAAUUAAAUAACAAAGCUUUGAGCUUUGAAUAAUUAGCCUAAACAAUAAUAAACCGCAAUUCACGAAUGCAUGCAACUGUUUUUAGUAUGCUGUAAUAAAGGCUUUGUAUAUCUUUUUUUGUUGUUAGAACAGACUCUCUGGUACACUUAUUUAGUGUUGUUUACACUUCCAAAUGGUCAGAAAAAAUUAUAUUGUAAUCUAACGGCAACUCUUUGGCACACAUAAUACUCACUUGCAAUACAAUGCUUGCUCCUAUACCCUCCUUUUUCUUGCUCCUAUACCCUCCUUUUUCUUGAUCUCCAGUAGUUUCCACAACUAAGUCAAAUGUCUUCCACAGAUCUGACUUCCCCUUUCCCUCCUGAGCAACCAGUAAACAUUCACGUCCUCUGCAUCCAUUUUGCUGUCACGUGUUACAAGUUUGUUAUAACCAAUUUAUUGAUGUGAUUAUGAUAGGCUAUAGGUCAGGCCCUUUUUGUCACAUGCAUGCGGUGUUUCACGUAAAGAGAGCAAGGGUUGAGGGAAUAGGAAAUGUUUUUUCCAAAAACAAAUUAGGAUUUCGGUAACAGAACUUUUCAGUCAGAAGUAAGAAACUAAAUGGCUGAAAUGAUGUUGCAGCUUCAGCACGGACAGCGAAAUAAACACUUGCUGUGCUGUGGUGCCUUUUCGCUGCAGUAGGGAGGAGAGUGAGACCACCUGCACCAGUCACACAGGCACUCGCUGUCAUUUGUAUGUCUUCGUUAUUUAGUCUAACGGUGUGCUUAAAGUAUCAGACAAGCUCAGUGCAUAUGUAGUUGAUUUUAUUCAAAGACAUACGGUGUGUCUGUCUAUACAUGGAAAAAUAAGUUUAAACAUUUCGACCAAUCGAUUGGUCGAAAGAACAGGACGAGACUCGGUCGACCAAGAUUUUUUUAGUCGGGGACAGCCCUAAAACACGCACGCUCGCACAUAAUAAUAUAAUUAUAAUAUGCCAUUUAGCAGACGCUUUUAUCCAAAGCGACUUACAGUCAUGUGCGCAUACAAUUUUUUUUUUUUUUUACACGUAUGGGUGGUCCCGGGGAUCGAACCCACUACCCUGGUGUUACAAGUGCCAUGCUCUACCAAUUGAGCUACAGAGGACCACAUGCAUGCAUGCACGCACGCCUACCUCAAUGGCCUGUCAUUUGGUCCAGCAGUAUGUCUCAAUAGCCAGCACACAACCCCACUAUUAGGCCAUUGAUUUAUUUCAACAGUUACUGUUCAUUCAAUGGCUCCCCGUAGUGUUUCCAUCUACACUAGUUACACAUUUGGAAUAAUGACCCUGUUUGUUCCCAAAGCCUAUCCUCCAUUCACUCUGACUUUUCGGGGACUGUAAUUGUAAGUUCCUGUCCGUUCUUCAUUACAGCCAUUAUGCGCAACAAAGCGUGUGAUGAAAGAAGGCUACGGUGGUGACUCAUCCUUUCAGCCCUCUCUUUUCAGGUUGCAUCCCAAAUUGCACCCUAUUCCCAAUCCCUAUAUAGUACACUAUUGUUAACUAGGGGCCCAUAUGACUCUGGUCAAAAGUAGUGCGCUAUAAAUAGGGAAUAGGGUGCCAUUUGGGACGCAAGCACUGUCUGUAUUCAGGAACUUGCCUGCGUGUUCUGGCGAAUCGGGUCAGUCCAUUCACAGCGCCCGGGCCUCGCUCUAUGCUGUUCUCUACACUGAGGUGAGCCAGAGUGAGUGGAGUGGGUCGGAUGGAUGGACACACUGUAGUGCACCCCUCUCUCAGCAGAGCCCAGCCAAUAGUGGACCGGGAUAUUAAAAGGCCCAGUGAUCUAAUUAUCUAACCCGCGGUCACAGCUGAUGUCCCAUGACCAAGCUCAUUACAGUAGAGACCGGCUAAUCACAUACUCAGGUGUGUACACACACACACACACACACACACACACACACACACACACACACACACAGUAGAUGCACAUGCACACACACAUUUCACACAAACACUCACUUUCUGGUAGCCCUCGCCCUCCCAUACAUACUAGGCUAAACAAACACACACUCGCACACACAGGCAGGAACAGAAGAUAAAUGAAAGAAUGGCACUCCACUGAAACAUAAGAAUAAAAAUAUUUACGGGAACUGCAGUCUUGACAGUGUGUGUUUGAUGCUGUCCAGCAACUCUGCCAUAAGUCUUCCAUUGCCAUAACUGUGUGUUUCUUCCUGGUAACUUCCCUGCCAAUGCCAUGCUCUGUACAUGUUGCCCCCAUGCGUCACUUAUGCUUUUAGCUAAAUUUGAUUAUUCCUUUUAUGAAAAAUGGCCUUGCGUUUGGCAGUCACCAGGAUGUUUUUCAUUUCCUGUCCUUUGUCACAUGCACUAUAUUUCCUGUUUUCCAAACGUCCCAGAGUUCUGAGAGAGCGAGCGAGACGGAAUGUUUCAGCUCUGUGGUCCGGGAUGUUUUGUCCGCUUCCAGCAGCUAUCAUCAAAGAGUUAUGUAGUUCAGGGAUACAGCAUUGGUCGUGGGCCAGGGCGAGGGUACAGAGUUUCACCUGUUGCGUUGACAAGUGCGGGUGUACUGCCUGUCUUUGCUGACUGACCUUCGGGGUGGAGCCCUUCCAGAGUUCCAAAGGAGAGCUUCCAUAUGGUUCCUGCCAGCUGGCCCUAAGGCCUCAGGACCUGGCCUCUCUUCUGGCCUCCUUCCUCCCUUCGGCUAACUGCUCUGCUCCACAGCAGGAGGAAUGUUUUAGAUUAAACUGAGGAAUUCAGCCUGCUGCAUGCCGCUGCUUAAGCACACCCAUGUCUCACUCGCUGUCGCUUUCUCUCUCGCUCUCUUUCUCUCUCUUUCCCUCUUUCUUUUCCUCUUUCCUUCUCUUUCUGACUCGUCUCUUGUAAUGUGCUAUUCCAAAACUUUACUACGUGUAAAGUAACUUCUCUAGCAAAUUAUCUAACAAGGAAGUCUCUAGUCUCCUAAGUUUACUUAAGCUUGUGGCGGGCUCUCUCCCCUGUUGCGAGAAGUCAGAUCGGCUCAGAACAUCGCUCCAGCUAUGCCCCAGAAAUGUCGUUGAUACACACUCUCCAACCCAACUCCCCCACAGGUGCACUGCGCAGUGUGCACCCGGUGCUGCUAUAUAGUACAUGUUAUUAUAUAGGGCACUCAUCGCCUGGGGAGGGCUGUGGAAGAAGCAUCCCUACUAGCUAAUGCUUUUUGUGAUGGGGCCUGAUCCACUUUAAGAAGUCGAAACAUCUCGCUAGGUGAGUGUUGAGCAGACAGGACAGAGCUGUCAGGGAACUGAGACCUUGAUCUCCAAGCACACAUUCGCUUUUCAACAUAGUGUGAUCAUCACGUCACUUCCUGUUGAACGAGGGAGAGCUUGGUUUGUUGUUUUGGAAAGUUUGUUGUUUUGAAAGUCUAUUGAAAAAGUUUAGUUACUAGCAAGCUACCUUUUUGAGUUUGGAUACCGCGAUGCGGUUGGCAUCAGUUGCUGGGACCGCUACUAUCUGUCCAGUGAUCCUGCCGACCAAGGCUGGGUCUGAGGAGCUGCUUGGCGUAGCAGCCUAUCAAGCUAGUGGGGUUUUCUUGAGGGCUUGAACGCAGCACGCGACAAGGUUAGCCAUUGUGGCUGGGACCGCGGAUUGUCCCGGGCUUGUGGCUGUCUAGAUCCCUGCUGUUUUGUUGUUGUUUCAAAUCAAAUUGUAUUUGUCACAUGCCCUGAAUACAACAGAUGUAGACCUUACCGUGAAAUGCUUACUUACAAGCCCUUAACCAACAAUGCCGUUUUUGUUGUUGUUGAAGUAAGCAAAUAUUAGCAGAACAAAGUAAAAUAAAAUAAAAGGUACACAAAAUACCAAUAACGAGUAUACGGUAUAUACAGGGGUUACCGAGUCAAUGUGCGGGGGUACAGGUUAGUCAAGGUAAUAUGUACAUGUAGGUAGGGGUGAAGUGACUAUGCAUAGAUAAUAAACAGCGAGUAGCAGCAGCGUAAAAAAGGUGGUCAAUGCUGUCCGGGUAGCCAUUUGAUUAACUGUUUAGCAGUCUAAUGGCUUGGGGGUAGAAGCUGUUAAGGAGCCUUUUGGACCUAGACUUGGUGCUCCGCUACCGCUUGCCAUGCGGUAGCAGAGAGAACUGUUUAUGACUAGGGUGGCUGGAGUCUUUGACCAUUUUUAGGGCCUUCCUCUGACACCGCCUAGUAUAGAGGUCCUGGAUGGCAGGAAGCUUUGCCCUAGUGAUGUACUGGGCUGUACGCACUAACCUCUGUAGCGCAUUGCGGUCAGAUGCCGAGCAGUUGCCAUACCAAGCGGUGAUGCAAACAGUCCAAAUGCUCUCGAUGGUGCAGCUGUAUAACUUUUUGAGGAUCUGAGGACCUAUGCCAAAUCUUUUCAGUCGCCUGAGGGGGAAUAGGCGUUGUUGUGCCCUCUUCACGACUAACCUACGUUACUACCAUGACAAAGACCAAAGCCGGCAGGAGUACCGUUGAGGACAGUGGGGUCUCUAUCACAGGUGAAAAAUCUUUUAAAUGACAAAAGCUGUGGGCCAGAAGAGGAAAUAACUUAUCCCAGCCAUGAAAGCUGCCAGACCGCGUGGAGACAUUGCUUACAUCCGCUUUGACAGCCUCAUUGUCGACCCUCCCUCCCAAAAGCCUGGAAGGGAUGAGAGAGCCAAGCCUAUAGGUUUGCAGCGUCAAUCCUGCAGCACACACACUUACACACACCAACUGAUUUUAAGAAAGAAUACCAAAAAAACAUUAAAUAAAAAAAUAUGUAUUAUAAGAAAUAAAAGUAACAAAUAAUUAAAGAGCAGCAGUAGCUUAGUGGUUAAGAGCGUUGUGCCAGUAACCGAAAGGUCGCUGGUUCUAAUUCCAGAGCCGACUAGGUAAAAAAUAUGUCGGUGCCCUUGAGCAAGGCACUUAACCCUAGUCUGCUAAAUGACUAAUUAUUUAAUUAUUAAAAUAACAAUAGCGAGGCUAUAAACGGGGUACCGGUACCGAGCCAAUGUGCGGGGGCACCGGUUAGUCAAGGUAAUUGAGGUAAUAUGUACAUGUAGGUAGAGUUAUUCAGGUCUAUGCAUAGGUUUCUGGGAUAAUGGUGUUGAUGUGAGACAUGACCAGCCUUUCAAAGCACUUCAUGGCUACCAACGUGAGUGCUACGGGUCGGUAGUCAUUUAGGCAGGUUACCUUAGUGUUCUUGUGCACAGGGACUAUGGUGGUCUGCUUGAAACAUGUUGGUAUUAUAGACUCAGACAGGGAGAGUUUGAAAAUGUCAGUGAAGACACUUGCCAGUUGGUCAGCACAUGCUCGGAGUACACAUCCUGGUAAUCCGUCUGGACCUGCGGCCUUGUGAAUGUUGACCUGUUUAAAGGUCUUACUCACAUCGGCUACAGAGAGCGUGAUCACACAGUCGUCCAGAACAGCUGAUGCUCUCAUGCAUGUUUCAGUGUUACUUGCCUUGAAGCGAGCAUAGAAGUAAUUUAGCUCGUCUGGUAGGCUCGUGUCACUGGGCAAUUCGCGGCUGUGCUUCCCUUUUGUAGUCUGUAAUAGUUUGCAAGCCCUGCCACAUCCGACAAGCGUCGGAGCCAGUGUAGUACGAUUCGAUCUCAGUCCUGUAUUGACGCUUUGCCUGUUUGAUGGUUCGUCGAAGGGCAUAGUGGGAUUUCUUAUAAGCUUCCGAGUUAGAGUCCCGCUCCUUGAAAGCGGCAGCUCUACCCUUUAGCUCAGUGCGGAUGUUGCCUGUAAUCCAGGGCUUCCGGUUGGGGUAUGUAUGUACAGUCACUGUGGGGACGACGUCAUCGAUUUACUUAUUGAUGAAGCCAUGACUGAUGUGGUGUACUCCUCAAUGCCAUCGGAAGAAUCCCGGAACAUAUUCCAGUCUGUGCUAGCAAAACAGUCCUGUAGCUUAGCAUCUGCUUCAUCUGACCACUUUUUUAUUGACAGAGUCACUGGUGCUUCCUGCUUUAGUUUUUGCUUGUAAGCAGGAAUCAGGAGGAUAGAAUUAUGUUCAGAUUUGCCAAAUGGAGGGCGAGGGAGAGCUUUGUAUGCGUCUCUGUGUGUGGAGUAAAGGUGGUCUAGAGUUUUUUUCCCCCUCUGGUUGCACAUUUUACAUGCUGGUAGAAAUGAGGUAAAAUGGAUUUCAGUUUCCCUGUGUUAAAGUCCCCGGCCACUAGGAGCGCCGCCUCUGGAUGAGUGUUUUCCUGUUUGUUUAUGGCCAUAUACAGUUCAUUGAGUGCGGUCUUAGUACCAGCAUCGGUUUGUGGUGGUAAAUAGACCGCUACGAAGAAUAUAGAUGAAAACUCUCUUGGUAGAUAGUGUUGUGUACAGCUUAUGAUGAGAUGCUCUACCUCAGGUGAGCAAAACCUCAAGACUUCCUUAGAUAUCAUGCACCAGCUGUUGUUUACAGAUACAGUGGGGAGAACAAGUAUUUCAUACACUGCCAAUUUUGCAGGUUUUCCUACUUACGAAGCAUGUAGAGGUCUGUAAUUUUUAUCAUAGGUACACUUCAACUGUGAGAGACGGAAUCUAAAACAAAAAUCCAGAAAAUCACAUUGUAUGAUUUUUAAGUAAUUCAUUUGCAUUUUAUUGCAUGACAUAAGUAUUUGAUCACCUACCAACCAGUAAGAUGUCCGGCUCUCACAGACCUGUUAGUUUAUCUUUAAGAAGCCCUCCUGUUCUCCACUCAUUACCUGUAUUAACUGCACCUGUUUGAACUUGUUACCUGUAUAAAAGACACCUGUCCACACACUCAAUCAAACAGACUCCAACCUCUCCACAAUGGCCAAGACCAGAGAGCUGUGUAAGGACAUCAGGGAUCAAAUUGUAGACUUGCACAAGGCUGGGAUGGGCUACAGGACAAUAGGCAAGCAGCUUGGUGAGAAGGCAACAACUGUUGGCGUAAUUAUUAGAAAAUGGAAGAAGUUCAAGAUGACGGUCAAUCACCCUCGGUCUGGGGCUCCAUGCAAGAUCUCACCUCGUGGUGCAUCAAUGAUCAUGAGGAAGGUGAGGGAUCAGCCCAGACCUACACGGCAGGACCUGGUCAAUGACCUGAAGAGAGCUGGGACCACAGUCUCAAAGAAAACCAUUAGUAACACACUACGCCAUCAUGGAUUAAAAUCCUGCAGCGCACGCAAGGUCCCCCUGCUCAAGCCAGUGCAUGUCCAGGCCCGUCUGAAGUUUGCCAAUGACCAUCUGGAUGAUCCAGAGGAGGAAUGGGAGAAGGUCAUGUGGUCUGAUGAGACAAAAAUAGAGCUUUUUGGUCUAAACUCCACUCGCCGUGUUUGGAGGAAGAAGAAGGAUGAGUACAACCCCAAGAACACCAUCCCAACCGUGAAGCAUAGAGGUGGAAACGUCAUUCUUUGGGGAUGCUUUUCUGCAAAGGGGACAGGACGACUGCACCGUAUUGAGGGGAGGAUGGAUGGGGCCAUGUAUCGCGAGAUCUUGGCCAACAACCUCCUUCCCUCAGUAAGAGCAUUGAAGAUGGGUCGUGGCUGGGUCUUCCAGCAUGACAACGACCCGAAACACACAGCCAGGGCAACUAAGGAGUGGCUCCGUAAGAAGCAUCUCAAGGUCCUGGAGUGGCCUAGCCAGUCUCCAGACCUGAACCCAAUAGAAAAUCUUUGGAGGGAGCUGAAAGUCCGUAUUGCCCAGCGACAGCCCCGAAACCUGAAGGAUCUGGAGAAGGUCUGUAUGGAGGAGUGGGCCAAAAUCCCUGCUGCAGUGUGUGCAAACCUGGUCAAGACCUACAGGAAACGUAUGAUCUCUGUAAUAGCAAACAAAGGUUUCUGUACCAAAUAUUAAAUUCAGCUUUUCUGAUGUAUCAAAUACUUAUGUCAUGCAAUAAAAUGCAAAUAAAUUACUUAAAAAUCAUACAAUGUAAUUUUCUGGAUUUUUGUUUUAGAUUCCGUCUCUCACAGUUGAUGUGUACCUAUGAUACAAAUUACAGACCUCUACAUGCUUUGUAAGUAGGAAAACCUGAAAAAUCGUCAGUGUAUCAAAUACUUGUUCUCCCCACUGUAUAUAUAGACCGCCACCUCUUGUCUUACCAGAGGCUGCUGUUCUAUCCUGCCGAUACAGUGUAUAAUCUGGCAGCUGUGUGUUAUUCAUGUCAUCGUUCAGCCACGACUCGGUGAAACAUAAGAUAUUACAGUUUUUAAUGUCCCGUUGGUAGGAUAUGCGUGCUUAUAGUUCAUCCACUUUAUUAUCAAACGAUUGUAAAUUGGCCAAUAGUAUCGAUGGCAAAGGCAGAUUAGCCACUCGUCGCCAGCUCCUUACCAGGCACCCCGAUCUCCUUCCGCGAUAUCUUAUUUUCUUUCUACUGUGAAUGACGGGGAUGAGGACCCUGUCUGGUGUCUGGAGCAAAUCCCUCUCGUCCGACUCAUUAAAGAAAAAUUAUUUGUCCAGUUCAAGGUGAGUAAUCACUGUUCUGAAGUCCAGAAGCUCUUUUCGGUCAUAAGAGACGGUAGCAGCAACAUUAUGUACAAAAUAAGUUACAAACAACCUACCGGGGUGUUUACAAACACUACAGGAACAAGAUCAUCCACUUGUAUUGAUCACAUUUUUACUAAUACUGUACUAAAGCUGUAUCCGUACCCAUUGGAUGCAUUGAGCAGAAUAUAGUGGCUAUACCCAGGAAAGUCAAAGUUCCAAAAGCUGGGCCUAAAAUAGUGUAUAAGAGAUCAUACAAAAGAUUUUGCUGUGACUCUUAUGUGGAUGAUGUAAAAAAAAUUUUUUUAGAUUUGUUGUUUUGAUGUGAUUAAUAAGGAGCAUCCAGACACUGCACUUGAUGAAUUUAUGAAAUUGCUUUUUCCAAUUAUUGAUAAACAUGCACCUGUUAAGAAACUGACUGUUAGAACUGUUAAGGCUCCAUGGAUUGAUGAGGAAUUGAAAAACUGUAUGGUUGAAAGAGAUUGGGCAAAAGGAGUGUCUAAGUUACUGGCUGAGUUACUGCAAAUUUAGAAAUGAUGUGACUAAACUCAACAAAAAGAAGAAGAAACUGUAUUUUGAAGCCAAGAUCAAUGAUAGAAAGAAUGAUGGAAAAAACCUUUGGAGUACUUUAAAUUAAAUUAUGGGCAGAAAGACAUUCAACUCCAUCUUUCAUCGAAUCAGAUGACUUAUUCAUCACAAAAUCAUUUUAUGUUGCAAAUUAUUUUAAUAAUUACUUAAUUGGCAAAGUGGGCAAACUUAGGCAGGAAAUGCCAACAACAAAUAGUGAGCCAGCGUACUCUUGCAUAAAAAAACUAAUAAUGAAAGAAAAGCAUUGUAAGUUAUAAUUUUGUAAAGUUGGUGUGGGAGAGGUGGAAAAAUUGUUAUCGAUCAAUAAUGACGAACCUCUGGCAUUGACAACGUAGAUGGAAAGCUACUGAGGAUGGUAGCUGAGUCUAUAGCCACCCCCAUCUGUUAUUUAUUUAAUCUGAGCCUAGAGGAAAGUCUUUGUCCUCAGGCCUGGAGGGAAGGCAAUUUCAUUCUGCUUGCUGCCAGCUCUUAGUAAACUGUUAGAUUAUUUUGUUGUUGACCAAAUUCAAUGCUAUUUCUCUGUAAACAAAUUAACAGACUUUCAACAUGCUUUUACAGACGGGCACUCAACAUGUACUGCACUGACACAAAUUACUCAUGAUUGGUUGAAAGAAAUUGAUUAUAAGAAGAUUGUGGGAGCUGUACUGUUAGAUUUCAGUGCAGCCUUUGAUAUUAAUGACCAUAACCUGUUGUUGAGAAAACGUAUGUAAUGGCUUUUCAACCUCUGCCAUAUUGUGGAUUCAGAGCUAUCCAUCUAAUAGAACUCAAAGGGUUUUCUUUAAUGGAAGCUUCUCUAAUGUCAAACAUGUAAAGUGUGGUGUACCGCAGGGCAGCUCUCUAGGUCCUCUACUCUUUUCUAUUUUUACCAAUGACCUGCCACUGGCAUUAAACAAAGUAUGUGUGUCCAUGUAUGCUGAUGAUUCAACCAUAUAUGCAUCAGCAACCACAGCUAUUGAAGUCACUGAAACCCUUAACAAAUAGUUGCAGUCUGUUUUGGAAUGGGUGGCCAGUAAUAAACUGGUCCUGAACAUCUCUAAAUCUAAGAGCAUUGUAAGUUCUAGACCUCUGGUAAUGAAUGGUGUGGCUGUUGAACAAGUUGAGGAGACUAAGUUACUUGGUGUUACCUUAGAUUGUAAACUGUCAUGAGGGGUCUGUCCGUAAUAAAGAGAUGCUCUGCUUUUUUGACACCACUCUCCACAAAGCAAGUCCUGCAGGCUCUAGUUUUAUCUUAUCUUGAUUAUUGUCCAGCCAUAUGAUCAAGUGCAGCAAAGAAAGACCUAGUUAAGCUGCAGCUGGCCCAGAACAGAGCCACACGCCUUGCUCUUCAUUGUAAUGAAGGGCUAAUAUUAAUACUAUGCAUGCCAUUCUCUCUUGGCUAUGAGUUGAGGAAAGACUGACUGCAUCACUUCUUGUUUUUAUAAGAAACAUUAAUUCCAAAUUUGUUUGCAUAGUCAAGUUACACACACACUUACCCCACCAGACAUACCACCAGGGGUAUUUUGGCAGUCCCCAGGUCCAGAAAAAUGUCAAUGAAACAUACAGUAUUAUACAGAGCCAUGCGUGCAUGGAACUCCCUUCCAUCUUAAAUAGCGCAAGUGAACAGCAAACCUUGUUUCAAAAAACAAAUAAAGCAACACCUCACGGCACAACGCCUCCCCCAUAUGACCUACUUGUUGUGUGUAUGUACUGACAUGUAUGUGUAACUGACAGAUGCACACACACAUUACAUGUUAAUGUUGUUAAAAGUAUGUAAAUUGUAAAGUAUUUUGUCUAAUGUCUUUUUCGUUAUGUGUCGGACCACAGUAAGACUAGCUGUCGCCAUUUGUGUCGGCUAAUGGGGAUCCUAAUAAUCAAAUCAGAUGGCAAAGUCAGCCUUCAGAGAGCCAAGGAAAGUGGGAAACACAGACACACGCACACGCACACACACCUCUGUGUCUUAGGGAGCCUGAACACAUCCCUACAUGUCCCUGUCUCCACUUGUGUCGGUCUCGUUUGUCAAUGCAGUGAUCAGUGUAGGAUAAUGAAGAGUUGUGCACAGUCACUGUUCUGUUUUGUAUGAAUGAACAUGAGUCAAGUGAAGAUCUUUCGGUAAAGAGGGUCAUGUUCAUUAGAGUACACUGCAGCAAAACGUUUUGCAAUGAGAAACGGAAAUUAGCAUUUCUUAUUGGACAAGCUCAGGUAGUCCCUCGCUGUUUCGGUCGGUUUUCUUCCGUUUGGUACGUAAUUAAUACGACCCAGUUGAUUGAUAGAGCUUCUCUUAUGAAAUCCUUUUUAGGAAGGACCAGAACCUGCUGUCCCCGGUCAACUGCUGGUACCUGCUGCUGAACCAGGUGAGGAGGGAGAGCAAGGACCACGCCACCCUCAGUGACAUCUACCUGAACAACGUCAUCAUGCGCUUCAUGCAGAUCAGCGAGGACUCCACACGCCUGCUCAAGAAGGUGAGAUCUGUAAUGUAGUUUGUACUCUGACAUUUGACCUGGCUAGAUGAGGUCAGAGGUUAGAGGUCAGACGAGGUGAGGUCCCAGUGAUCUGAUGGAAGGAAGUGCAACUGAUUAGGGCCAGGAGUCGUUCCUUACCACUUGUCUUGAAUUGAUCAGAGAGAACCCUUGUUAUAUUGGAUAAAUCCUGGGCUCAUUCACAUAGUCCGGACAAAACUGGACCCUGCUGCUAAUGAUACAUUUAUCAAUCUUCAGCCUUAGAAUCGGUUUCCUAUUUCGCAACAAAGCCUCCUUCACUCAUGCUGCCAAACAUGCCCUCGUAAAACUGACUAUCCUACCGAUCCUUGACUUCGGCGAUGUCAUUUACAAAAUAGCCUCCAACACUCUACUCAGCAAAUUGGAUGUAGUCUAUCACAGUGCCAUCCGUUUUGUCUCCAAAGCCCCAUAUACUACCCACCACUGUGACCUGUACGCUCUUGUUGGCUGGUCCUCACUACAUAUUCGUUGCCAAACCCACUGGCUCCAGGCCAUCUAUAAAUCACUGCUAGGCAAAUCCCAGCCUUAUCUUAGCUCAUUGGUCACCAUAGCAACACCCACCCGUAGUCUGCGCUCCAGCAGGUAUAUCUCACUGGUCAUCCCCAAAGCCAACACCUCCUUUGGCCGCCAUUCCUUCCAGUUCUCUGCUGCCAAUGACUGGAACAAAUUGCAAAAAUCUCUGAAGCUGGAGACACUUAUCUCUCUCACUAACUUUAAGCAUCAGUUGUCAGAGCACCUUACCGAUCACUGCACCUGUACACAGCCCAUCUGAAAUUAGCCCGCCCAACUACCUCAUCCCUAUAUUGUUAUUUAUUUUGCUCAUUUGUACCCCAGUAUCUCUAUUUGCACAUCAUCUCUUGCACAUCUAUCAUUCCAGUGUUAAUACUAAUUGUAAUUAUUUUGCACUAUAGCCUAUUUAUUGCCUUACCUCCAUAACUUGCUACAUUUGCACACACUGUAUAUAUAUAUAUUUCUGUUGUAUUUUUGACUUUGUUUUGUUUUACCCCAUAUGUAACUCUGUGUUGUUGUUUUUAUCGCACUGCUUUGCUUUAUCUUGGCCAGGUCGCAGUUGUAAAUGAGAACUUGUUCUCAACUGGUUUACCUGGUUAAAUAAAGGUGAAAUAAAUAAAUAAAAUAAAAAAAGAUACACUGGACUGCACUCAGAGAUUUGAUGUAUGGCUGGGUGUAGCAGUAGACUAUUACAUUUUAAGUUCUGUUUGAUGACAUCUUGAUGGCAGCUCAGUUGCUGGGUUGUGUACAGAGCGAGGACCCUCCUCUUCCCACACAACCCUGAUCAUCAGCCUAAACGCCCUACCUAACCUUCCCAUCUGAAGUGUGGCCUCAUGACAGAAACCCUGCUACUACUGCUGCUGCCACCUGUUUCUCUCCGGCCACAAAGAGGACAACUCCCUACCAGAUUAUGAGCUCUCCUAUGCACCAGGAGUCACAUGAACCGACCACAACCCCGAAAAUGACAAACCAGGGCCUGUUUCAAUGGGGUGCUUUGCAUCAAAUGUUUAGUAUGUUUUCUCUUUCGCUGCGGGGUCUUUAGAUCUGUCUGCUAGAUCAAGACUAAACCAGAUGGGUCUUUAGAUCUGUUUGCUAGAUCAAGACUAAAACAGAGGGGUAUUUUAUUCAUGUUAGAAGUCAUUAUCGUCUGUGGUUUAAUCUGUCUUGUAUAGAGGACUGGUCUACACACACACACAAACUGUGGUUUGUCAGAUGUUUCUUUCUUCCCCCGACUCAACCCACAUUACUGAUGUUUAAAAUGAUAGACCACUAAACUCAUCAAUGUGUUCCCCUCCUGCAGUGCAAUUGAAGCAAUUAUACUGUAUCUAUACAAUUUGGGGUAUUUAAAUCAAGACUAUACUCUACUUCAUUCUGUUAGUUGGUACCUGAGAAGCAUUGAUAAGAGUGAAAAUAUAAUGUAUGAAGUUUAGUUCAUAGCAUCCCUCAUAAGAAGAGGUUUGCAUUCAGACAUUACACACAGUGCAUGAGGGGAACAAAUUAUUACCCCUCCUUAUUGCUCCACCAAUUAUAGUUGUUGGUUGGCCUUGAACAUAACAGGCAACGACUGCUUGAACACAACAGGCAAUGACCUGCAGUCAUCAGAUACAGUUAGGUCUUCAGUGUUUGUGACUGUGUGCAUGUGUGUUUGUGUCUCCCCUCUGGCUCGUAUAGUGAUGUUUGGCAGCCAGGGGCCAAACCAAACAGGCAGUCUGUCACAGGGGAGCAGAGACACCCCUGCCCUUUAAUUAGUAAGUCCCAGUGUCUUUGAUCUCUCCAGUAACGAGUGACAAACACCGGGGGAGGCCCCCCAGUUACAACACAGUUACUACAGCUCCUCUUCUUUUAACACAACACGGCUGCUGUUUUGUCAUCCUGGCAUCAAAGACUAGUGUUUUUAUAUUUUCUAAUUCUGAUGUUUUCUACCUUUUUAUGUUAUGAGGUUAAGCAGUAUAGGACCUUAAAUGACUUAUCCUAACAGGCUUCUGCAUGGUGGACCUUUUUAGAGUAGACCGUUGGCUUGUGUUCAUGCCUUGUUUAUUUAUGAAUAGUACUAUGGACAAGAAAGUCACAGCUUACCUCGAUUUGUCUUUGUUCGAAGGAGAAGCCUCUAAAUGCAAGUUUUGUCACGCAGUCCGUUCAUGGUCGGGCAGGUCUUAUCACAUGUAUUCUCUUUUCAUUAUUCAUACAACUCUCUUUUUGUUUUACUUAGUCAGUCCUCUUUUAUUUAUGGAAGUCCCAUUCUGGUAAAAGUGCAAGGUGAAUUUCUCCCAAGGCUUGAAAGCAUCAUCUGCAUGGAGGAAGGAGAAAGGAAGGUAUUAGUUUGUCUAGUUCCUCCAUUGCACACUCCUCCAUUCAUUCACAACAGUGGUAGGGACACAGGGUGAGGGAAACACAAAACUGCAUCAGCUACCACUAAAUUAUAAUAAUAAUAAUAAUUGGUCUUGGCAUUUGAUCAAGGGCAGUGUAAAGUGUUUUAACACUUCAUUAGGAUUAGAGCUCGACAAUUUACUGCCUGGCUUGGUCCAUUACUAGACUACCUCCAUGGGCUGCUUCUGUAUAGUAUAUGAGCCAAUAUGAUUUGUGUAGCCUCUCACUAGAGUCCCAGUGUGUUUCUUCUGCCAUAUGGAGCAGCCACCAGACAUUGACUCCAGGGGUAUAUACAGCCCCUCUCUGGGGUCUAAUUAAUGUUGGAGGCAACGUGAAACCCAUCAUCCCCCAUUUGUUUAGUCCUUUAAUAAAUUAUCCGUAUUGGGAAAAACCCAAGUUGACAUUCCCCUUUAAAUAAUAGAGGGCAAGACCGUUAAAUUUAAUCACAACAUUGGCUGGCCCAUAGGCCGCAAAACGUACAGGCCGAGAAAAGUUAUCAAGGCUCCUUUCUUACUGUUAUAACUAAUCAUUAUGAAGUGUAUGGUUUGUACUUCAGAGGCUCUCAGUCUCUGAUUUACUGUGUCUUCAGUGGCCAGUGGAGUGGCUGAGGUGACUUCCUGUCGAAGGCCCUGCUCAGGUCAACUGACAGGGGCAUCUGCAAAGCCAGGAAGUGGAUGAGCUGUCGGAGCCGUGCCCAAGCUUUCCUGAGGGGCCUUUUCAUUGACCACUGGACUGCUUCCCAGUCCUCUCAAUAGGAAAGAGCUGACAAGCGUUAGAUCUGACAUUGUCUUAGGUCCUCUUCUCUGAACGGAGGGCUGCUAAUGGCACUUCCCAGGGGAAGGAGGGCGAGUGAUUUCAGUAAAGGCCUCAUUUUGCUGGUAAUGUUCAUGAAUACAGUUAUUGACAGUGCAACAUUAAAGCGCAAUUCUCGGACGAUGAUGAACAACAGGCUUGUUCAUAUAUUAAUUUUUUUGCAGCCUGCUUCACAUAUUUGGGCAUGAGGAAUGAUCUCACCAGUCCAUAACUUACCUGGCCCAAACCUCCGUGCCCCAACCAGCCUAUAGAUCCUGUCCUUCAUUCUCUAAAUGUGUGUGAGAGCACCCUAGCUUAAGCUUAGGUGACUUAGCUCUAUUUAUACAGGGCAAAGUCUGUUUGUCCGGUGCCUGUCUGUGUGGUAAUAGGUAAGUAAAAGAGAGAACUGGCUGAGUAGGUGUAGGCCAGUGCCAGGACAGGUGUGGGCUGGACUGGGUGCAUGUGUGGCUGAUUACUUAAUUACGCACACAUGCACAAACACACACACAACGGGGGCUAGUCCUCUAUGGUUUACGUCCACGUCUGGACUGGACACCACCUCUUCCACCUGAGUCAGUCAGCAGGACUUACAGUAGAGUAGAGCUCUCUUUGGGAUGGACUUGUGUUUGUUUGAGCCCUGACUUCCUCCUUCAAACAUUCAUAGAUGCUCUGAGUUUCUCCUAAGAGUUUCACCCUAACCAUGGCUUUGUUGCAGAUCUGUUGGUGCUUUAGCCAACUCCCCUGGUAUACUGUGUUUGUUGUCAUGCCAAACAUUUAUGGCAUGACGACAAGAGCAUUAUAGGUUUUGGCUAAAGCAUAUUAUUCAGAUAUGUCGGCUAGGCUAGAGAUUCCCGACUCCAACCCAUGAUGUUCCAUUGGAGUGUUGUUGACUGUCUGCAGUGGUUCACUCUAACAUGGGUGUUUGUGGCAACUAGGAUGUGUGCAGAUCCUCCUGGAUCAGUGAGGUUGGUGACCUCAGCAGAGACUCUUCCUCAUCGGUUACGGCGUCACGCCCAUACAGGAAACCACAGUUGUGGUGGGAUAGAUCAUAUUUUCACAGCCAUCUGAGGGCCCAUUACUGGAAAAGGCCGCCACAAUCAUUUCGGGCCCAGAUAAUAGGGUUAGUGUGAGACUCUGAGUGCAGUGGAAGACUACAUGCUAAUGCCCAGGUAAUACAUAAAUUGAAUGGGAUAUCCAUGUGCAUUGUCACAUUUUAUACAACGGGUGGGUCUAAUCCUGAAUGCUGAUUGGUUAAAACCGCAUUCCAGCCGGUGUCUAUUCUGCAUCUGGUCCGCAGGCUGCCAGUUUCAGACCCCUGCUUUAACCCUGCAUCAAUCACAUAACUGUUAUUUCCCUGUAGGGAGAAUCUCAGAAAUAUUAAUUGUGGGCUCAUAUCUGAUGGCAUUGAGUGAAUAUUGUGGCAUGGAAUGGCAGAUUUAAUUUAUUCAUUUGAGAUCUCUCUCACGCCAUGCAGACAGAUGGCUCUAUGGGCAACUGUCUCUUUUUGAUGACCUCAUUACAGGUCUCAGUGCCCUACUCUAUUCCCAACUCUGUAUGCUUGUUUGUUCCAUGUGACAAGUGUGACAAUGUAUGAAUAUGUGACUGUACUGCAAAGUCGAUAGAUGUCGCGCAUUGAACACGUUCUUUCUUUCUCUUUCAGAGUAAGGAGAUAACGUUUCAGCUUCAGGAAGACUUGAUGAAGGUCCUCAAUGAGCUCUACACUGUAAGUUCGAAUGUGUCAUUUAAUUGACUGUUUCCUGAUUUACUAUAUCACCACAGUUAGAGCAAGGAGCCAGAUCUCUCAAAGGAUGUAUAAAUCUGAAGCAUCCGUUUAGAACAUCUUCUCACAACCAAUUAUGUCCAUUGGCGGGAAGUGGGAGAAGAUGGCGCUAGAUGAAACAUGGCCGACAUUCUGCUAAUUUUCUUAUUUAUUAAACAUCCGAUCUCAAUACAGUUUUCUGUUCCCAAAACUAGAAUCCGUUAUGAACAGAGUGGACUAAGUUUUGUUGACUUGACCCUUUCUAGUUUCUAAAAACUGCAUUGUUUAGAAGGAGUGCAAGGGCGAAUUGAGUUAUUGCACAAGCGCACUUCACAGAUUAGGCGUUCCCUAAAGGAAAUACAGUCCAUUCAGAAAGUAUUCAGAGCCCUUCCCUUUUUCCACAUUUUGUUAUGUUGCAGCCUUAUUCUAAAAUUGAUUAAAGUAUUUUUUUUGUGUGGCUCAUUCUCAACCAGCCAACCACAGCCCUCCACGUUAGGUCAAUAACGUCAAAUUCACUUAAUCACUCUGCACUGGUGGUUGUUAAGUGCUCGGUGACAAUUCUGAUAAUCGUUUCUGAUGCGUAACCCCAAAACAGAUAUCAUGUUAUGAUUACAGCAUUGAUUGUUAUGGUAAAACCCAAGGAACAGAUGGGGGAACAGUUACUCUGUUGUCCCAGGAGACGUGCAGCAGGGGUUCAACUUCCCUGUAGAGUAAGUCUUUGGUUACGAAUGAAGAUUACAUCGUGUUAUACUUACAAUCAUCCAUGACACGUGUAACGGCCACAGCUCAAAGUGUGUUACUCUCACUGCAGCCCAAUUUGACCUGAUUUACCCUGCAGAAAAACACACACACUCAGUAGGCGAUUGCAUCACACUGCCACAGGGGCCUGUGUGGUCAGGGCCUGUGAAAUAACAGGUCUGGUCCCAGUCGUUCUAAAUCUGGCCCUCUAAUAGAAGCAGGGGAGAGUCAAAGUAAACACACCAGUGGUGAUCCAGACCAGUAAGUGAGGACUAUGGCUGCGGUUGGUCGCCCCUUUCUGGCUCUCUCCACUGGUCCCAAUUACGUGGCUCUGGCCACCAGCACAAAACAAACAGGGCGAAGUCUGUUAUUGUUCCACCCGUUACCAAAAUAUCUCAUUUUUUGGGGGGGUGGAGAGGAGAUGUUUAGGUUUUAGACACAGUCUGUAUUUUAAUUCCGAUUGAGGUUAUAAUGUAUACGGCCGGUGCGACUGUAAUUUACUCUGGGUUAUGCCGCGUGAUCACUUUUUUUUCUUCAGUGGCUGGUCUUGGGUCAGUAAUGGGUUUAAGGACAGCCCUUGGCAGGGGAUGGCACGAUAAGGGCUAGAACUGGCCUAGCCUGAGUUCCAGUUCUGUUUGCGCGAUCUUGACAACUCCAUUGCUAUCAUUGUCUGUUGGCAAGACGGCACAAACAAAUCUGGGACUCAGGCUAGGGCUGGCCUGCCACAGCAGGGGAAAGGGUGCUGGUUCUCUCAGACCCAGCUGGCCACAGUGACAGCCAGGCUAAGGUCCUCUCCCCAGCAGCCUUCUGGCAGUACUACCCCCACCCAUCCUGCUGUCCACACUGUCCAUGACCUCUAAAGAUCCUGAAAGAGAGAAGUGUGUUUGUCAAAGUUCAGAGAUCUUAUCGCUUUUGGGUGGUUUAAAAAGCUAGCUGAUCGAGACCGGAGGAAAGCAAUGUUUACAAACAUUUUACUCGAGUGCGUCAGUCAGUCAUGACCAGGGCACAAUUUAAUAUAUAUAAUCCAUUGGUAGCACCACAUGAAAUUUAGGAGCACCAGAAAAGCCAAAAAGGACAUCAACCACCCGAGCCACUGCCUGUUCACCCCGCUAUCAUCCAGAAGGCGAGGUCAGUACAGGUACAUCAAAGCUGGGACCGAGAGAAUGAAAAACAGCUUCCAUCUCAAGGCCAUCAGACUGUUAAAUAGCCAUCACUAGCACAUUAGAGGCUGCUGCUGCCUAUUGAAAUCACUGGCCACUUUAAAAAAUGGAACACUAGUCACUUUAAUAAUGUUUACAUAUCUUGCACUACUCAUCUCAUAUGUAUAUACUGCAUUCUAUUCUAUAAUAUACUUCUGUAUCUUAGUCCAUGCCGCUCUGUCAUUGCUUGUCCAUAUAUGUAUAUAUUCUUAAAUCCCAUUCCUUACUUUUUUGUGUGUAUUGGGUAUAUGUUGUGUAAUUGUUAGAUAUUACUGCACUGUUGGAGCUAGAAGCACAAGCAUUUCGCUACACGCGCUAUAACAUCUGCUAAACACGUGUAUGUGACAAAUACAAUUUGAUUUGAUUUGACAUGCAAGAGAUCUGUCAUUAAUUCAUUGCUAUGGUCAUUGAUCUGCUGAAGAAGCUAUCCCUUUUCCGUUCUGUGCACCCAAAUGUUUGGAUAUACUGGCAAAGUUACCAGGUUGUUAGCUAGGUAGCCAAUGAGGUAACAUGACUGAACAAAGUGUAAACAAACGUUUAACGACGUCGACGCGCGAGUAGUUUUAGAACGGCCCACGGCAUGGUUUACGAAUGUAAAAUGCAGUCCUGGCGAUUCGCUAUAGGAAGAUAGAAAUGUUGCGCCGGUAAUAUGGGUCAGAUCUUUUGACGUGUUGGGCUAGAAGCAAGCUUUUUUCGCUGUAGUAAUAAUGGUGCAACCAUGACGCCAACAAAUCUUCACUUGCUUGUUUUUCUAGGGCACUCGGAAACAACGGUGCAGCGAAACCUUAUCAUUACAACAAUUAUUAUCUGGGCGAUGUUUAAAAAAAAAUCUGUCGCACAUUGCUCCCAAAAUACAACUGUUGGUAGCACAGCAAAAUAUUUGGGCGCACUUUAGAGCCCUGGUCGUGAUUCCCGUUGGUGGUGAUCGUCAGUUACAUGGAGUCCCUGCCUUCAUUUCUAUGUCAGCCUUCCAUUCCAAUCAGAGAGCCAUAAUGAUGUGUUAUAAAUAGUCUCUUGAACUCAUGUCAUGGCAGUAUGAAAAUGUAUGCACUCACUAACUGUAAGUCGCUCUGGAUAAGAGCGUCUGCUAAAUGACUAAAAUGUAAAUGUAAUGGCCCUUGAAGAAAUCGUGGUUUACUUGAGCAGCAGUUGUACCUGGCUACUCAUGAGUCACUUCCUAAUGUUUUCAACAGUCAUUUGAGUGUGAGUAAUAGUAAUAGCUCCCUCCUGUUUGGAUAACAAUGAGUCAAACCAAAGGAAGUAGCUUUAAUCGGCGUGUUGCUGUGGAGGUAAUGCUUCCCACUAUGCCUACAUCACUGCUCCUCAAUUAUGGUUCUGAUGUAUUGACAUAGGGAGCAUACCCACUUAAAAUGUAGUGUAUAGAUCUGAGUAAAUACUAUUUGAAAUCUUUCAAAUACUUUGAGCUUUUGUUUUAGCCUGCCUGGAGUGCCAGGUGGGCGGGGCUUGCACUUUACAGACUGUUCUAUUGGUUCGCUUGGCAUGCUCAAUCAAGCACAGCUAUAGUAUUUGAACCCAGGUCUGCUUAUCACAUCAUGCCAAGCCAUAUUUACAAGUUGGUGUCUUUUGAAACUCCUGGCCUCAGGAAUUAUACGUUAAUUCUGAGGGUUCAUUUCUUUCCACUUCAAAGGGGAGAGAACAGGGUUGUGUUAAGUGGUUUAGUCUGUACGUCUGUCACCAUCUGAUCUGAUGUGGGCCCUGCCUGCCUGCCUGCUGGCACCCCGCUGACGGCACUCUGCUUUGGGCUACAGCAGCCAGGGAUGAUUGGGUGUCUGUGGGUGGAUUGAAGUCCCUCGGUGCCCCAUUACAGAGCUAUAGCAUUUCUUACACGACAGAUGGAAUUGUCAUUCCGUAUAAAUUGGUGGUUGUAAUUCCAGCAAACUGCUAGGUGUAGAUGUAGUUCACUGUAGCUGGAAUUUCAAACACAGAGCAAUAUGGUAAAUGGGAACAGCAGUGAAUCGUGGUUGUUGAGGUCGUACUGUAUAAGAGCGUCAUAUAAAAAGAGAGGGAAUCUGCCUUUGAUUUGUGGUGGCGUAGGAGAGUCCUAUUGUGAAGUAGAGCUGGAAUCGAUCUGUGAAGAGUGGGUGGGUAGUAGAUGAAAGCUUUGUUUGGUUCAAAGCAGCCUCUGACUCUUACUGUGAGGUUGAAUGACUCUAACCUUUUCCUCCAACCCCCAGGUGAUGAAGACCUACCACAUGUACCACACGGAGAGCAUUAGUGCAGAGAGCAAGCUGAAAGAGGCGGAGAAGCAGGAGGAGAAGCAGAUUGGCCGGGCCGAGCCCGUCUUUAGCAUCCGCCUGGAAGACAAGCACCAGAGACGCAGCUCCGUCAAGAAGAUUGAGAAGAUGAAGGAAAAGGUACAGCACACUUAUGCCUGAUUCACACUACAGGGCCAAACCAAGUCAAGCAAAGCUGUACUGGGAUGGCCUGCUUAUGCAUCCAUCAUAGUUGGUGGAUCUGUGCUAGAAAAGACGACGUGAAAAGGAUCAGAGCCAGCCCAGUAUGGUUUGGGAUUGCACGAUGGUGUGAGAGAAGGGAAUUGUGAAGGUCUUUACACUGGUAACGAUGAUAAUGGUUGCUAGAGGCAAUGUUGGAAUGUCUUCUCAUUAAACACAGUUAGGGGUCAAUCUCAGCCAGCUGCGAUUAGUCAAGCUCAGACUGUAGAUUCUAUUUCUAUGGUGACGCUCUCCUCUACAUGAAUAUAUGGCCCAAACCUUGAUGAACUCAGGUUGAUAUCCAGGUGUCCCUGAAAGUGUUCAUCAUUUGUAACAGAAAUAGACUUGUAUUGGCCAGCCAGACUACUGGCCAGCCAGACUUCUACUGGCCACCCCUCGUGUCUCUGUGUCUGUGUCGUGUCUGUGUCGUGUGUGUGUGUGUGUGUGUGUGAGAGAGAUGGAAACCACACUAUGAACACUCUAACUUACAGCCAGACUGCUUUGUGUUCUUCUCGGAAGGAACAGGCCUGUUUUCUGUUAGAACUCCGUGACCAAUAGUUUAAUGGCCACAGGAACAGCAUUUUCUCACAGGCUUUUCCUGGAAUGCGUUGGGAUUGGGGAAACGUUAAAAUAUGGAAGACCGUGUCAGUGGGUGAGUCAGUGUCCAUUGUCAUUGGCUAGUGACUAACAGUCUGUGUCUGGCAGGCAGCUAGGGAGGAAGAAGGAAGUCUGAAUGAGCAUGUCUGCCAGCUCCUGUUUGCCAAUCAUCUUGAGUUGUGUUGUGCGAGAGCUGUGUGCAUGCAGAUAUGAAAGCAUGCUCAGCUGUCCAUAAAGGCAUUUUUGCUCAUUAAUUUCUCUCUCUCUCUCGCUCUCUCUCUCUCUCUCUCACUCACACAUUCAUAUAUAUAUAUAUCUAUCAGCGCCAGGCCAAGUACUCGGAGAACAAGCUGAAGUCAAUCAAAGCACGGAACGAGUACCUGCUGACACUGGAGGCGACAAAUUCCUCCGUCUUCAAGUACUACAUCCACGACUUGUCCGACUUAAUUGACGUAAGUAAAUCAUUGGAAGAAACUUCAAGCUAAAGAACAGACUCCUUCAUCUGUACUCUAAAACUGGGAACGUUUGGUUGUCAGAUUAGACAGUGUGUUACCGAACAGCGUCUACUCCCUCUUCUCUCGUUAAUAACCCCUUGGCUGCAUCCAAAUUGGCCCCAUAUACCCUACAUAGUGCAUUUAUUUUGACCAGAGCCCUAAGGGCCCUGGUCAAAAGUAGUGCACUAUGAAGGGUGUAGGGUGCCAUUUCAGACACAGCCCUAAAGAGCUGAGGGAAUGUGUAAACUGAGUGAGUGUACAAAACAUUAAGAACACCUUCCUAAUAUUGAGUUUCCCCCCUGCCCUCAGAACAGCCUUAAUUUGUUGGGGCAUGGACUCUACAAGGUGUCGAAAUCGUUCCACAUGGAUGCUGGCCCAUGUUGACUCCAAUGCUUCCCACAGUUGUCAAGUUGGCUGGAUGUCCUUUGGGUGGUGGACCAUUCUUGAUACACACGGGAAACUGUUGAGCAUGAAAACCCCAGCAGCGUUGCAGUUCUUGACAAAAACCGGUGCGCCGUUCAAAGGCACUUAAAUAUUUUGUCUUGCCCAUUCACCCUCUGAAUGUUUUGUACACUCAGUGUUUGUCUGCUGCAUAGAGGGAAGCUGCGGAGAGAUUCUGCCACAAACGGAGAGCUGCUUCUCAGUCUAAGCCUCUCCCUCUACCCAGACUUCAAAUGAAGUCGUCUGCCACCCAAUCAAUGUUUUUUCAAAAAUCACAUCUCACUGCUACAGUCAAUUGUAUUACUCUUUUUUUUUCUUCUUCUAUCCUCAUAAUGCUGAAGAAACCCUGCCAUUCAGCAGUAUUUUCUGAGUGCAUUUUGACCUCUGAACUGUAGAAAUGAACUGAGUUUAGCAGCAGAGCUGAAAUCUGAGCGAUGGUGAGAGAGGACACACCAGACAGACUGUGGGAUGGAAAUGCCCAGGAGAUUAUUAGCGUUUGUGAUCCGAGCUACUCUACUAUUCUACCCUCCGUCCUCAUGUUAAACCAUACUGCAUGACCAACAGUACAGACAGAGAGUACAGACAUACAGAUAAUACAUACAGUACCAGUCAAAAGUUUGGACACACCUACUCAUUCAAGAGUUUUUCUUUAUUUUUACUAUUUCCUACAUUGACAUCACAGUACAGUUGAAAUACAGUGGGGAAAAAAAGUAUUUAGUCAGCCACCAAUUGUGCAAGUUCUCCCACUUAAAAAGAUGAGAGAGGCCUGUAAUUUUCAUCAUAGGUACACGUCAACUAUGACAGACAAAUUGAGAAUUUUUUUUCCAGAAGAUCACAUUGUAGGAUUUUUAAUGAAUUUAUUUGCAAAUUAUGGUGGAAAAUAAGUAUUUGGUCACCUACAAACAAGCAAGAUUUCUGGCUCUCACAGACCUGUAACUUCUUCUUUAAGAGGCUCCUCUGUCCUCCACUCGUUACCUGUAUUAAUGGCACCUGUUUGAACUUGUUAUCAGUAUAAAAGACACCUGUCCACAACCUCAAACAGUCACACUCCAAACUCCACUAUGGCCAAGACCAAAGAGCUGUCAAAGGACACCAGAAACAAAAUUGUAGACCUGCACCAGGCUGGGAAGACUGAAUCUGCAAUAGGUAAGCAGCUUGGUUUGAAGAAAUCAACUGUGGGAGCAAUUAUUAGGAAAUGGAAGACAUACAAGACCACUGAUAAUCUCCCUCGAUCUGGGGCUCCACGCAAGAUCUCACCCCGUGGGGUCAAAAUGAUCCCAAGAACGGUGAGCAAAAAUCCCAGAACCACACGGGGGGACCUAGUGAAUGACCUGCAGAGAGCUGGGACCAAAGUAACAAAGCCUACCAUCAGUAACACACUACGCCGCCAGGGACUCAAAUCCUGCAGUGCCAGACGUGUCCCCCUGCUUAAGCCAGUACAUGUCCAGGCCCAUCUGAAGUUUGCUAGAGUGCAUUUGGAUGAUCCAGAAGAGGAUUGGGAGAAUGUCAUAUGGUCAGAUGAAACCAAAAUAGAACUUUUUGGUAAAAACUCAACUCGUUGUGUUUGGAGGACAAAGAAUGCUGAGUUGCAUCCAAAGAACACCAUACCUACUGUGAAGCAUGGGGGUGGAAACUUCAUGCUUUGGGGCUGUUUUUCUGCAAAGGGACCAGGACGACUGAUCCGUGUAAAGGAAAGAAUGAAUGGGGCCAUGUAUCGUGAGAUUUUGAGUGAAAACCUCCUUCCAUCAGCAAGGGCAUUGAAAAUGAAACGUGGCUGGGUCUUUCAGCAUGACAAUGAUCCCAAACACACCGCCCGGGCAACAAAGGAGUGGCUUCGUAAGAAGCAUUUCAAGGUCCUGGAGUGGCCUAGCCAGUCUCCAGAUCUCAACCCCAUAGAAAAUCUUUGGAGGGAGUUGAAAGUCCGUGUUGCCCAGCGACAGCCCCAAAACAUCACUGCUCUAGAGGAGAUCUGCAUGGAGGAAUGGGCCAAAAUACCAGCAACAGUGUGUGAAAACCUUGAAGACUUACAGAAAACGUUUGACCUGUGUCAUUGCCAACAAAUGGUAUAUAACAAAGUAUUGAGAAACUUUUGUUAUUGACCAAAUACUUAUUUUCCACCAUAAUUUGCAAAUAAAUUCAUAAAAAAUCCUACAAUGUGAUAUUCUGGAAUUUUUUCCUCAUUUUGUCAGUCAUAGUUGACGUGUACCUAUGAUGAAAAUUACAGGCCUCUCUCAUCUUUUUAAGUGGGAGAACUUGCACAAUUGGUGGCUGACUAAAUACUUUUUUUCCCCCACUGUACAUAUACAUAUAUAUACACACACAUACACACAUACAUACAUACAUACAUAUCCUUUAUUACUUUCCAACCCCGCCACCCUUUCCCCACUUGGAGUAAACUAGUGAACAACAACGCCUAGGCCUCUACUUCCAGCCCAUACCCACUAUCUACAUUUUAUGGACACAGUCAAUUCUACAAUAAUUACAUUUUGUUUGUUCUUUCUCCUGAACUUCUUCUACUCUCAACCUCUCCGAUCAUUUUCAUGAUGUCCAUCCGGUUUGCUUAAGUUCUUUGCUUAAGUUCUCCCACUUAAAAAGAUGAGAGGCCUGUAAUUUUCAUCAUAGGUACACGUCAACUAUGACAGACAAAUUGAGAAUUUUUUUUCCAGAAGAUCACAUUGUAGGAUUUUUAAUGAAUUUAUUUGCAAAUUAUGGUGGAAAAUAAGUAUUUGGUCACCUACAAACAAUAAUAAAGAUAUCAAAUCUAUGAAAUAACAUAUAUAUAUAUAUCUCCUGAGUGGCGCAGUGGUCUAAGGCGCUGCAUCGCAGUGCUAACUGUGCCACUAGAGAUCCUGGUUCGAAUCCAGGCUCUGUCGCAGCCGGCCGCGACCGGGAGACUCAUGGGCGGCGCACAAUUGGCCCAGCGUCGUCCAGGGUAGGGGAGGGAAUGGCCGGCAGGGAUGUAGCUCAGUUGAUAGAGCAUGGCGUUUGCAACGCCAGGGUUGUGGGUUCGCUUCCCACGGGGGGCCAGUAUAAAAAAUAUAUAUAUGUAUUCACUAACUGUAAGUCGCUCUGGAUAAGAGCGUCUGCUAAAUGACGUAAAUGUAAAUGUAAAUAUAUAUAUAUAUAUAUAUAUAUAUAUAUAUAUAUAUAUAUGGAAUCAUGUAGGAAUCAAAAAAGUGUUAAACAAAUCAAAAUAUAUUUUAUAUUUGAGAUUCUUCAAAGUAGCCACCCUUUGCCUUGAUGACAGCUUUGCACUCUCUUGGCAUUCUCUCAACCAGCUUCAUGAGGUAGUCACCUGUAAUGCAUUUCAAUUAACAGGUGUGCCUUCUUAAAAGUUAAUUUGUGGAAUUUCUUUCCUUAGUGUGUUUGAGCCAAUCAGUUGUGUUGUGACAAGGUAGGGUUGGUAUACAGAAGAUAGCCCUAUUUGGUAAAAGACCAAGUCAAUAUUAUGGCAAGAACAGCUCAAAAAAGCAAAGAGAAAUGACAGUCCAUCAUUACUUUAAGACAUGAAGGUCAGUCAAUCCGGAAAAUGUCAAGAACUUUGGAAGUUUCUUCAAGUGCAGUCGCAAAAACCAUCGAGCUAUGAUGAAACUGGCUCUCAUGAGGACCGCCACAGGAAAGGAAGACCCAGAGUUACCUCUGCUGCAGAGCAUAAGUUCAUUAGAGUUACCAGCCUCAGAUAUCGGCAAUUAACUGCACCUCAGAUUGCAGCCCAAGUAAAUGCUUCACAGAGUUCAAGUAACAGACACAUCUCAACAUCAACUGUUCAGAGAAGACUGUGUGAAUCAGGCCUUCAUGGUCGAAUUGCUAAAAAGAAACCACUACUAAAGGACACCAAUAAUAAGAAGAGACUUGCUUGGGCCAAGAAACACGAGCAAUGGACAUUAGACAGGUGGAAAUCUGUCCUUUGGUCUGAUGAGUCCAGAUUUUUGGUUCCAACCGCUGUGUCUUUCUGAGACGCAGAGUAGGUGAACGGAUGAUCUCCCCAUGUGUGGUUCCCACCGUGAAGCAUGGAGGAGGAGGUGUUAUGGUGUGGGGGUGCUUUGCUGGUGACACUGUCAGUGAUUUAUUUAGAAUUCAAGGCACACAUAACCAGCAUGGCUAACACAGCAUUCUGCAGCGAUACGCCAUCCCAUCUGGUUUGGGCUUAGUGGGACUAUCAUUUGUUUUUCAACAGGACAAUGACCCAAAACACACCUCCAGGCUGUGUAAGGGCUAUUUCACCAAGAAGGAGAGUAAUGGAGUGCUGCAUCAGAUGACCUGGCCUCCAGAAUCACCUGACCUCAACCCAAUUGAGAUGGUUUGGGAUGAGUUGGACCGCAGAGUGAAGGAAAAGCAGCCAACAAGUGCUCAGCAUAUGUGGGAACUCCUUCAAGACGGUUGGAAAAGCAUUCCAGGUGACUACCUCAUGAAGCUGGUUGAGAGAAUGCCAAGAGCUGCCAAGAGCUGAAUGCCAAGAGAAUGCCAAGAGCUGUCAUCAAGGCAAAGGGUGGCUACUUUGAAGAAUCUAAAAGAUAAAAUAUAUUUUGAUUUGUUGAACACCUUUUUGGUUACUACAUGAUUCCAUAUGUGUUUUUUCAUAGUUUUGAUGUCUUCACUAUUAUUCUACAAUGUAGAAAAUAGUAAAAAUAAAGAAAAACCCUUGAAUGAGUAGGUGUGUCCAAACCUUUGACUGGUACUGUACAUACAUACAUGCAUGCAUGCAUACAUACAUACAUACAUACAUACAUACUGUAUGUGGACACCCCUUCAAAUUAAUGGAUUCGACUAUUUCAGCCACACCCGUUGCUGACAGACAAAUUGAGCACACAGCCAUGCAAUCUUGGAAGACAAACAUUGGCAGUAGGAUGGUCUUACUGAAGAGCUCAGAGACAGGAUUGUGUUGAGGCACAGAUCUGGGGAAGGGUACCAAAACAUUUCUGCAGUAUUGAAGGUCCCCAAGAACACAGUGGCCUGCAUCAUUCUUAAAUGGAAGAAGUUUGGAACCACCAAGACCCUUCCUAGAGCUGGCCAUCUGGCCAAACUGAGCAAUCGGGGGAGAAGGGCCUUGGUCAGGGAGGUGACCAAUAAUCCGAUGGUCACUCUUACAGAGCUCCAGUUCCUCUGUGGAGAUGCGAGAACCUUCCAGAAGGACAACCAUCUCUGCAGCACUCCAUCAAUCAGGCUUUUAUGGUAGAGUGGCCAGACGGAAGCCACUCCUCAGUAAAAGGCACAUGACAGCCCGCUUGGAGUUUGCCAAAAGGCACCUAAAGGACUCUCAGACCAUGAGAAACUAGAUUCUCUGGUCUGAUGAAACCAAGAUUGAACUCUUUGGCCUGAAUCCCAAGCGUCACGUCUGGAGGAAACCUGGCACCAUCCCUACGGUGAAGCAUGGUGGUGGCAGCAUCAUGCUGUGGGGAUGUUUUUCAGCGGCAGGGACUGGGAGACUAGUCAGGAGCGAGAGAAAGAUUAACGGAGCAAAGUACAGAGAGAUCCUUGAUGAAAACCUUUUCCAGAACACUCAGGACCUCAGACUGCGGUGAAGGUUCACCUUCCAACAGGACAACGACUCUAAGCACACAGCCAAGACAACGCGGGAGUGGCUUUGGGACAAGUCUCUGAAUGUCCUUGAGUGGCCCAACCAGAGCCCGGACUUGAACCCGAUCCAACAUAUCUGGAGAGACCUGAAACUAGCUGUGCAGCGACGUUCCCCAUCCAACCUGACAGAGCUUGAGAGGAUCUGCAGAGAAGAAUGGGAGAAACUCCCCAAAUACAGGUGUGCCAAGCUUGUAGCAUCAUACCCAAGAAGACUCAAGGCUGUAAUCGCUGCCAAAGGGGCUUCAACAAAGUACUGAGUAAAGUGUCUGAAUACGUAUGUAAAUGUGAUAUUUCAGUUUUUUAAUUCUAAAAACUGUUUUUUGCUUUGUCAUUAUGGAGUAUUGUGUGUAGAUAGAUUGAUGAGAGAAAAAUAAACAAUUUCAUACAUUUUAGAAUAAGGCUGUAACGUAACAAAUGCACUGUACAUACACACACAUAUACAUUAUUGCAUCUUUAGCUUGAAUGGGGUUUGGGAAAGACCCUGCCCCUUAAACCCAUAUUUGGGAAUUGCUGGUGUGUGUUGCAGGUCAGCCAUCCCAUCCCUCCUAUCACCACUCUGUACUCUGUCUUCUGUUCUCUACUCUGCCUACCAAGCAGAUGGCUUUGUUUUCUCUUCCAGAACCCAGACCUAUAAACGGGACUUACUUAUACACUAGCCUACCUGGGAGAUUAUUUUUCCCCCUUAGAAAUAAUGUACUGAACCAUUUAUCCGGUGUUGCCAGGACAACCCGGGAGAACGCUGGGUACUUUUAGCGAUUGUGUAUUCCAGACAGACGGUGAGGAAGGGCCAUGCUGAGUGCUAAAAUGUGCACCUCGUCCCUCCCUCCUGCUCUCAAGCCUUUGUAAAUCACUAGGGUGUGUGCGCGUAUGUGUACCUGUGUGUGAGCUCCUGCGUGUUUGUGCAUGUGUGUUUGUGUGUACCAGUGUCCGUGGGUGUGUGCGUGCACUUGUUUUAGUAUGUUGUGCAGUCUGUCAUAAGAGUUGACAGUCAAUUGUUCAAAAAAUGAGAGUUGAUGAAUUGGACAGAUAACGACCAAUGUAAUGUGGACAAGCAGGGCAUUAGGUAGCCUGGCAGACAAUGCUCCUGUGUCUGGGUGUCUUCCAUCACCUCCAAGGCUGUCUGUGUGAACUCACAGGCCCUGGUUUACCAAGGUCCUAGUUAAUGAGAUCCAGCAUCAGAUGUUGGAAACAGUAUUCAUGUUGGAAACAGUAUUCAGGUUCUAUAACUCUGGGCCAAGCCAGCUGUCAGAGAAAGUAUCAGACUACUCAGUUAACGGCCAAUAAUGUUCAUUACUACAGUGUGUGGAGAGACUAAGAGAGCAGACAUUGUCGACCGUGUUGAAACCGUUACAAAGUUGUUGGUUUUUCCAUAAACGUAUGUGUUUUUGCUGGAAACGAAAUGUCAUGUUUUAGGACAGUCUGCAGAAUGUGUUUGGUGUACUGUUGUGGGCACUAAAAAGCUAGUUUUCUAAAACCCUGUACCGUGGCUGGACUUAAUAUUUUAGUGCCUGCAACGUUCUACAAGAAGCUUCUUAUCAGUUUGUCAGAAGUUGCAGUAAACGGGGCAUCCUGAUCCAAUACAGUCUCACCUUCCCCUCUACCAGUGCUGUGAUCUGGGCUACCACGCCAGCCUGAACCGUGCCCUGCGGACCUACCUAUCGGCUGAGUACAACCUGGAGACUAGUCGCCAUGAGGGCCUAGACAUCAUCGAGAACGCCGUGGACAGCCUGGACCCCCGCAGCGACCGCCAGCGCUUCAUGGAGUUGUACCCCACAGCCUUCUGCCCGCCCAUCAAGUUCCAGUUCCAGUCCCACAUGGGCGAUGAGGUGAGACAUUGAGAGACCCACAGGCUUGUUGUUCUUUGUGUCCAUUUGUCCAUCCAUCUAUCCACUCAUUCAUUCAUUAAUCCAUUACUGUAGUGAAAGCUAGUGCUGUUUGUCCUAAUGGUCGAGGAGACCUCAGUUUGUUUAACAGAACCGAUAUGUUCAGUCCUAUAUGCUGUUCAGGGUGGAUGUAAAUGAGAGGUUGAUUAAAAGGUCUUGUACUAAAUGAGCCCUGGCUUUGGCAGCUUAAUUGCACCGUUUUACUGUGUCUGGGCCGGCAGAGCAGAUUUUUAUAGGCCGAAGCCAAUGACAAGCACGUCUCAUUUCUCAGCUUCAAGUCGAGGAGCAGCGCAACACGCUGAAUCAAUUUUACUGUGGAGUCGUUGGCUUUGGGGUCCCUGAUAUCAUGUCUGUUUACAAGCUAUUGGUCUGUGGCUGUCUGGAUUCAAAUCUGGGUCAGUGACCUUUUGUGGUGUAGUUUAAACCAAAUUUCUGAUGUCUUUGCCAUUUUAGGAUAAGAUUAAGUAAGCCCUCUGUCAGACGGUGGUGAUGAAGUGACUUUCUGUUUAGUGAUGAUUUGUUUCCUCUUCCUGUCCAGGUGUGCCAGAUUGCGAUGCAGCCGCCAGUGAGCGGAGAGCUGAUGUUGAGGUUCCAGCAGCUACAGUCCCGCCUGGCCACUCUGAACAUCGAGAACGAGGAGGUAAGAGGGAGCAUAACUCUGCCAUACCUUGGCCGUAUUCAGUAGGGUAUGCAACAGAAAAAGUAUUGCAAUGAAAAACACAAAUGAGUGUUUCUUAUUGGACCAGCUAGUCUUUAAGUCCAAGUUGUCCCUCCCUGUUUCAGUCAGUUUUUUCCAUUUGGAGCCUAAUGAACACAACCCUGACUCGCUUAGGCAGGGAACCACGCCAACCAACAUCCUCUGCUUGCAUUUGGGUCCAUUGUGGUCGCAUGUUGGGAAGGGUUGGAAAUGCUGUAUGAAAAGUUCACUUCAGUCAGAAGGUAGCCAAGGAGAGUUGACGGCUUAAAUCUAUCAGAAAUCGAAGUUGCAAUAGUUUCCAUACAACAAAACUCUCUCCUACGCUGCAGGCAGCCUUCAGAACCACACAGAGAAGUCUUCUCCCUCGCUCCCAAUGUUGGAAUAAAUAAAUCUGUCUUUCUCACACACACACACACACACACACACACACAGUCUCUUUUAUUUGUACACUCUGUCCCACUUCUCUCAGUUUCGACAUUGGAGGUGCAUCCCUGGCUGUAACAUUUUAAUCGGACUCGGGCUGGCUGGCUGACAUGCCUGAGUGAUUGCUAAAUAAAAAGCCAAUGGGAAGGAAAUUACUGUCUGCUGCUGUGGUGUUAGGGAGUGCAGUCACGUCCAUCAGUCUGGCUUCUUGUCUCUUGUUGUCUCACGUCUGACCUGCUUCUUCUAUCUCCACUCACAUCAGCGCACACAGCCUUCUCUCUUUUAUAUCACAAAGAAAGAAUGACUUGGGAAAGAAUGCUUGUAAAUGUGAAGAACGAUUUCAGACCGGCUUGAUUAUACAACUAAAGAAAAUGUAUAGGUACAGUGAGGGAAAAAAGUAUUUGAUCCCCUGCUGAUUUUGUACGUUUGCCCACUGACAAAGACAUGAUCAGUCUAUAAUUUUAAUGGUAGGUUUAUUUGAACAGUGAUAGACAGAAUAACAACAAAAAAAUCCAGAAAACGCAUGUCAUAAAUGUUAUAAAUUGAUUUGCAUUUUAAUGAGGGAAAUAAAUAUUUGACCCCUCUGCAAAACAUGACUUAGUACUUGGUGGCAAAACCCUUGUUGGCAUUCACAGAGGUCAGACGUUUCUUGUAGUUGGCCACCAGGUUUGCACACAUCUCAGGAGGGAUUUUGUUCCACUCCUCUUUGCAGAUCUUCUCCAAGUCAUUAAGGUUUCAAGGCUGACGUUUGGCAACUCUAACCUUCAGCUCCCUCCACAGAUUUUCUAUGGGAUUAAGGUCUGGAGACUGGCUAGGCCACUCCAGGACCUUAAUGUGCUUCUUCUUGAGCCACUCCUUUGUUGCCUUGGCCGUGUGUUUUGGGUCAUUAUCAUGCUGGAAUACCCAUCCACGACCCAUUUUCAAUGCCCUGGCUGAGGGAAUGAGGUUCUCACCCAAGAUUUGACGGUACAUGGCCCCGUCCAUCGUCCCUUUGAUGCAGUGAAGUUGUCCUGUCCCCUUAGCAGAAAAACACCCCUAAAGCAUAAUGUUUCCACCUCCAUGUUUGAUGGUGGGGAUGGUGUUCUUGGGGUCAUAGGCAGCAUUCUUCCUCCUCCAAACACGGCGAGUUGAGUUGAUGCCAAAGAGCUCGAUUUUGGUCUCAUCUGACCACAACACUUUCACCCAGUUCUCCUCUGAAUCAUUCAGAUGGUGCUUUCUUGAGCAGGGGGACCUUGCGGGCGCUGCAGGAUUUCAGUCCUUCACGGCGUAGUGUGUUACCAAUUGUUUUCUUGGUGACUAUGGUCCCAGCUGCCUUUAAAUCAUUGACAAGAUCCUCCCGUGUAGUUCUGGACUAAUUCCUCACCGUUCUCAUGAUCAUUGCAACUCCACGAGGUGAGAUCUUGCAUGGAGCCCCAGGCCGAGGGAGAUUGACAGGUCUUUUGUGUUUCUUCCAUUUGCGAAUAAUCGCACCAACUGUUGUCACCUUCUCACUAAGCUGCUUGGCGAUGGUCUUGUAGCCCAUUCCAGCCUUGUGUAGGUCUACAAUCUUGUUCCUGACAUCCUUGGAGAGCUCUUUGGUCUUGGCCAUGGUGGAGAGUUUGGAAUCUGAUUGAUCGCUUCUGUGGACAGGUGUCUUUUAUACAGAUAACAAGCUGAGAUUAGGAGCACUCCCUUUAAGAGUGUGCUCCUAAUCUCAGCUCGUUACCUGUAUAAAAGACACCUGGGAGCCAGAAAUCUUUCUGAUUCCCUAAUUCAAAUGCAAAUCAAUUUAUAAAAUGUUUUACAUGCGUUUUUCUGGAUAUUUUUGUUGUUAUUCUGUCUCUCACUGUUCAAAUAAACCUACCAUUAAAAUUAUAGACUGAUAAUUUCUUUGUCAGUGGGCAAACGUACAAAAUCAGCAGGGGAUCAAAUACUUUUUUCCCUCACUGUAUGUGUUUUUGUCAGAUGUUGCAUAGUAUGUCUGCAAGAUCUCCGUAUCUUUUUUACUUCUUCAUUGUAGAGUCUAGUCCUCUACUGUAUGUUUGUGGUUUGAGUGGUGUGUUUCAGAGUGGGCUACAAGGCUCAGGCUAUCCCACUGGGUGUGCAAUGUAUUUCUGUAUAGGAGUUGUUGUUGACACCUAAGCCCAGCUGGUGCUUUCACACUGCAUGUAUGUAGUCAGUGCAGGCAGGACCCAUCUGGGUGGAGGUUCGUGAAAAGCCAUGGUGCUGCAUGCCCUUGUCUGCUUGGUUGAAACGGAUGCUCCACACAUGGAUCAGGACGGGGAACCACUGCUCCGUGUCAAGUCCAGCAGAUGGCCUCUUCCUGGUGUCUCAUUGAAAAGGCCUUUCCAGGGGAUGUCAUUUAAAGACGCUGAAGCAGAACUGUACACACACGUUACUAGCUGUCAAAUCCUUGCUUCCUCCGUCCUUGUUUCCUCAAUUCCUCUCCAAGCUCAUUCGAAGAGGUCUGAGGGAGGGUCUUGGAUCCUCUCCUCCAAUGCGGUUUGAGAGGAAUUGAGGAAAAGAGGACAGCGGAGGCAAGGAUUUGACGGACCAAGAUCUACUCCAGCCAGGAAAAGUGAAAAGCUGGGUUUUGUUGUGUUUUUCUCUGGUAUCAUGAUCUGCAGCGGUUUCCUUGACUGCACGAGAGGAUGAAGGAAAACAUGGAUGAAUAAUUGAUUGGCAUGAGAGUAGGAAGUCUCUGAAAGCUACUCACCAUAGGAUGGCCCCCUGGUCUGAUUUGCGUGCCCCUCUAAAGAUGUCUGGAUGUACAGUAUAUAUGCAGAUAUAUCUGCAGAAAUUAUGGAGUAUGUUCUGCUGUGUUGGUUAAACCUCUACUUCUGAGGACAGCGUUGUGUUCAUUACAAUUCCUUUGCCAUUCCACGUGGGUAUUUCUCAGAGCUAGCUAAUAAUCUAGUGAUUUAAAUUUAAAUUCCCUUUGCUUUAGACGGAUACAGACAGCGUCUCUAUCUCUCGCUAGAUGUGUACCGAACUUAAUGAAUAUUCUCCAGGCGUUUUGCACUAAACCCCGACAAUCCAAUACGGUCUCCUUUGUAGGGAGCCGGUGUUUUGUUUUUCUACAGAUAAACCUCAGGGUGUCACAUCAAAGCCUGGGAGAUGUGUGCUCAGUGUUAGCUCAGUGUUGGCCUGCCGCAGCCCUGACUCAAUGAUCCGGAGAUUAGCCUGCUACUCACCACAGGCCCUGAGGAAUAGAAAUCCUGCUAUUUAUACUGGAGGCGACGUGCUAGUUGCGAAGUCGCUUGUCAGGCUGCCCAUGAAAUCAGAAACCCCCAGAGUUCAGAAGGCAAGUACACCAUGAGGAUGCAGACCCUAAAUGCCAAAUAUCAAGAAGGUCUGUAUUUCUAGAAUCAAGGUAAUCAGAAAUGUCUAUAUUCCAUUAGGAACAAGCGUCUUACUCCUUCUGGCCUCGUAGUCUCAGGGAUUACAUCCAGGCCUCCUGGUCUGAUCCUGCUGGGCACCAAUGGGCAGAUCCCAGUGAGCGUCUCCAUCUAAAAGCCCUGCUGUAAUUGAGCCUAGCAGAACACUGGUAACUAGAAGUCUGCUGAAUGAUGGAGUGACUUUCAUGCAUGGGUCCUAUCCAUACUGUGAUAGCUGGGCCCCUUGGCCUCCACUGUCCCACCCGGGAGAGGCUGGUAGAGCGGGGGCUCGCCUCUUAUUCAGGGGCUUGUUAGGAAAGGUACUCCUAUGCCCAGGGCACAGAGAUGAUUGAACCCAUGGGCUGGUCCUAAAUAGUACAACUCUGGACUCAUAUUCAGUACGCGUAUUCACAAAGCGUCUAGGAAGACCCAGGUCUUUUGAUCCUAUCAAAGCAGAAUGUUGGAAAAGGAAGUAUUUUGAGCACCCUCAUUCCUCGGUAUUAUCACUCUUCAUCUGAAACUAUAAAUAACUAUCAAAUAACCCAGUUCCCUUAGUAAUUGAAAGUAGAACUACAAUAACUAUGUCAUCAUCAGACGUCCUUAAUCACCACACUAUAGAUCAAACUUCUCAAACUGUCAGGUAGACUUUUUUUUAUUUGAAUCUUCUCUUAUUAGAAGUUGAAUUGCCUGCCAGUCCUUCAUUUCCUCUCGUAGACUGUCAUUAUCCCUGUCCAGACCUGUAGUGUUGUUUCUGGUCUAUGCUCCACUUAGAGACGAAUGACAGUGUAACUACAGCCGCAUUGUGUGUGUGUGUGUGUGUGCGCACAGAAUCAGUCGUGUGAUCCUAACCGUUACAGCACGUAGAUGAAAGGGGAGUUGAAUGAAAGAGAGACUUGGGGUUAUUCAUUCAUACCACCCUGUUUUUCUAAGGUGCCUCAAACGUUGAAUGAGUCAUGGGUCAGACAAUUAGAAACAAGCUAUAAUACAUUCCUGUCUCUGUGUGUAUAGUAGCUAUGUGGAACCAAAGGAACACUCCCUUUGACUAUGGUAUGCCCGAGUCUGACUUUGAGAUUGAGAUGAAUUGACGUAGUCAAGCCCACCUUGAACUAUUUCUCAUUCAAGGGCUCACAGCUCGACCUAGUUACUAUCUCUCCUGUCAGAAGAACGGCUUCUGACUUUGGUCACACUCCUUAACCUCCCUGUCAGAGUUCUGUGUUGUAUGCAGAGUGGCUCUCUCUCUCGCUCUCCUUCCUCUCUCGCUCUCCUUCCUCUCUCGCUCUCCUUCCUCUCUCGCUCUCCUUCCUCUCUCGCUCUCCUUUCUCUUUCCCCUCUCUCUCGCUCCUUUCUCUCACUCGAUCUCUCCUUCCUCUCGCUCGCUCUCUCCUUCAUCUCGCUCUCAUUCGCUCUGUCUCCUUCCUCUAUCUAUCCUUCCUCUUUCACCUUUCGCUCUCUCCCCCCUCUCCCCGUUCUCUUCUCUCUCACUUGCUCUCUCCUUCCUCAAGCUCUCUCCUUCCCCUCUCGAUAUCUCUCUCUCUCCUUCCCCUCUCUCUCUCUCUCCUUCCCCUCGAUCUCGCUCUCUCUCCUUCCCCUCGAUCUAGCUCUCUCCUCGCUCUUUCUCUCUCUCGCGUUCUCUCUCUCUGAACCACUCCAUCAGGUGAACACAUGCGCUCUGCCGUUGCGUGAGCCAUUGGCAUGCAAAAACAUCCUUUCCCUCCUGUCUAUCUACCUCCUAACUCUCUUCUAACUCUCUCUCUCAUCUCUCUCCUUCGCUCUGUCUCACCCAAAUGUAUCACAUCAGGGCAUCAGUUUAGGCCUCCUCAUGGAAUGGAAGUAUUAUCAGUGCCUAGAACUUCUCUCAAAUUGAGACGGGAGAUUUCUGAGGUGGGAAUUUUUGGGGGGCAAAUAAGAUGGAAAUCAUUAAAGCUUUACACAAUUAAUAUAUCAUAUCCCCUGGAAAUAAGUAUAUUUUUGACUUAGAGACUGUUACCGUCAGUAUCUAGUGGAGUCUUGCAUUGUGGUGUUGUCCCUCUGUUGUAAGUGAUGGGAUAUGCUUGGCCAAGCCUUGACAUUUAUAAGCUCCUGGAAAAGCACUUGGGCUGACGGCGAAGUGGCCACUAUGGAAAUGAGUUUUUAAAGCCUGAGACUGAGUACCAUUCCUCCCUACCUUCCUUCCACCUCUAUUCUUUCGGAGUGCAUGCAAAUUGAUUGCUCUGGUCUGGACUCAUGCUCAAGGACAGAUGCAUUUGUCAUGCUGAGUGUGAAAAGAAGGCUACAGAGGAUGUGGUCCUUUGUUUAUAGGCAUACAGCUAAAUCGAUGUAAUAAAUCAUGCAUAAUAUGUAUAAACUUACUGUACGAAAAGCCUCUCCAGCUGUCCUUGCAGCUCACUCAAGUAUCCGCCCCAGCCAUGCCUAGGAGUUUAGGGGUCAUUUGGUCAGUGGUCGUCACUGAGCACUGCUCUUUCAAGCCAGAUGUGGAAACUUGAGUGAGUUUAUGAGUAUUUGAGGGAAACAAAUUUUACAUUUUAGUCAUUUAGCAGACGCUCUUAUCCAGAGCGACUUAGUUAGUUAGUGCAUACAUUUUUCAUACUGGCCCCCCGUGGGAAUCGAACCCACAACCCUGGUAUUGCAAGCGCCAUGCUCUACCAACUGAGCUACAGGAGGCUUAAAGUGUAAUGUGUUUGAAUGUGUUUACACCUGUGGCACUGUAAACCUAUCCUAAAGCUCCGGUCCUCUUUGUGUGCUCUCCAGAUCAAGAAGACGUCGGAGGCCACCCUGACCACCAUCCAGGACAUGGUGACCAUCGAGGACUACGACGUCUCCGAGUGUUUCCACCACAGCCGCUCCACCGAGUCGGUGAAGUCCACCGUGUCGGAGACCUACCUCAGCAAGCCCAGCAUCGCCAAACGGAGGGCCAACCAGCAGGAGACGGAGCAGUUCUACUUCAUGGUGAGUGGAGCGCCCCCUAUUGGUAACCUCUGGGUUAUGACUGUAGAGAACUGGGCAGGGUCAUAUUCAUGUGCAUAGUAGCAAAACGUAGCAAAAUGUUUUGCAAUGGAAAGCGAAAACGAUAGUUUCUUAUUGGACACGUUCAGUAAGUUCUGCUGACUUUAAAUUCAGACUGACAGUCACUAUGGAAACUGCUGUUGAUAGAUGGCUAGGAAAUUAAUACAUUGGAUUUUGACUACUUUGGAUGGUUGUGAUCCAUGGUCUUAUACUGUAUUUGUGGUAGUAGUUGUAAUGUAUCUGAGGAAUGUGAACAGAAGCUGUGCUUGUAUUUCUAGUGUUUUGUUAGAGCUUUAAAAUGCUGCAUAUCAUAUGUAUUCCCUCUCUUGGCAUUUUAACUCUCAGAAACAAAGCUCUCCAAAAUAUCUCUUCUUUAGCGAGCGGCUAGGCUAUUUUCUGUUUUUCUGUCCUCCUGGCUGUCUAAAGAUGGUGCGAUAAAGCUUUAAAAAGACUCCCGUUGGCAUUCUGUCCUUUGCCCUUGGCUGCCUUAUCAGAGAUUGGUGUCUUAAGGGCAGGCAACGCUUACUUGGCUCAUCAGCCCUAGUAAUCACUCUGAAUUCUCCACAGAAAUUCCGGGAGUUUCUGGAGGGCAGCAAUCUCAUCUCCAAACUGCAGGCCAAGCACGACCUGCUGAAGAGGACUCUGGGAGAAGGUAAGGGAUCAGAGACCCACAUUGACCUGGCUUACUUCCUGUCUGGCUGUCCCGCCUGUCUGUCUGUUGGUUAGUUAGUCUGUCUGUCUGUGUCUGUCUAACCUCUCUGUCUGUAUGUCCCCUCUGUCCGUUUGGCUGAGUUGUGAACUAAGCAGGUUUCCAUAUGUAUGAAAUGAUACACUGAACGUCUCAGCUAUUGUCUGUGUCCAGUGGGCUGGGGUUUGUAAAGGAACUCCUGAAUAAAUGAAAGGGAAAGAUUGCAUGCAGAUUCUAAACGAAAAGCAGUGCUUUAGAACUCAGCUAAUUAGAAACAGUUAAAAACAUAUUCGGUUGAUUCUAAAAUUGUCCACUUCAAUCUCCCCUCGAUGCGGUAAAAUGUCCAUUGUGCUACUUUCUCCAUCAGGCCUCACAACCGAGAUGCUAACCUCAGCAUUAGCGAGCGAAGUCAGAGCUAAAGGGAUUGUGCUGUUGUAUUAUCCCUCUUAGUGAUUGAUUAGUGGUUAGCUUAAUGCUGCGUUAGCGCGGUAUGACUAUUAUGACUGGGGUCCCUGUGUUCUACAUUGGUGGGAUCUCCUCAAGGCCUUUGACUAAGAACUGUCAACACUGAGCUGCUGCUGAAUGCUAGCUAACAAUGCAGGCAGCAAGCUCUCAGGGUGGUAUAAAUCCGUCAGUCUCAGUCAAUCUGUUGGCUGUACAGGGAGUUGAGGAAGAGAACGGGGACUUCGAUUAUAAUGAGCCAUGGACUCCUGCCUUCUACAAAGCUUUCAAUCACGUGGGUGUCAGUGUUCAAGUAGGUCUAGGUAAAGCUAGCCCCACCCUGGUGUUACUCUCACAGGUUUCAGUUGAAACCACUCCUCUUGUUAGGAGCAAUUUGAGGGAUUUUGAGUUUCUUGACUUGUGAAACAUGCGUUUUUGCAUGUGAAGGUAAAAUUGCAAGUGAAGGUUGUGAGUGUGCGCUUAGACAGGUGUUUUUUGUCUUUUUUACUGCAGUUAAAGUAUAAGUGUGUGUUACUGUGUGUGAGUCAUUGUGUCAUUGUGUGUGUCACUAUGAGGACAGUGGUUGUGGGCAGAUGGCAGGGCUGCAUAUGCUUUACUGAGCGUGUGCACAAUGCUCUGCAGGGUCCUCUGGGACAGGUCCCAUGUCUCAUCUCACCUCCUCUCUCUCUCUCCUCUCUCUCCUCUCUUCUCUCUCCUCUCCUCUCUCCCUUCCUCCCCUCGGUCUCCACAGGUCACCAAGGGGACUAUAUGACCACAAGGUAAGACACUACCACUCUCUCUCUCCCUCACACACAAACCUCUUUUAGGUAUUAAUAAGACCCUUUCUGUCUAUUUAGCUGUCUCUAUUCAGUUCUUUGAAAACCUAUCCCCAUAAGUAAAAGUCAGUGUACUCUAUUUAGCGAACGCCAUUUCUCUUUAUCCUCCUACAGUCAAAUUACCAACAACAUCUAGACACAUUUUUGUCUCAUUGUAAAUAGAUAUUGCCACUGGUUUGUAAAGAAAAUAAAAGUUUCCCUUUUCACUGUGUGCACAGUAGAUAACCCCCUACUGUACUUUAGCUAUUAUCAAACUCCUGACCCUGGAGAGGGAGAGACCAGAUGUUACUGCUCUAGACUCCCCAGGGUUUGAAUUUGCCAUAUGCCCAGCAUGGUAUGGCUUGGUAAUAUUCUCCCUUUCAAAGAGCACCAACACACUCACACUCACACUCUCUCGCCCUCUCUCUCUCUCGCCCUCUCUCUCUCGCCCACAGAGAUCUGGCUGCAUCACUCAGGGUUGCAGAAUGGUUCUGAAUUUUCUCUGACAGGGAGAGAAAGAGGGAGAAAUACUGUUCUUUGCAUGCAAAUGCACUGUGUGUUAGUAUUAAGAUCAAAGGCUCUUGGAAGGAAAUAUUUAAGGUUGAGGGUGAUUCUAUGAAAAUUCUCAACUUCUUUUGAAACACAGUCUGAUAUAUUGAUUGUUUUGACACUUUUUUUCUCUUGCCUAUUCCAGUAAAAAUGUGUUUUAAUGUAACCAUGAGAAUGACAGUAGAGUUAAUGUCAGUAUGAGUAGGGGAGCAACGGGGGGAGGUGACAAGGGGGACAACCCCGCUGGUAUCUGUCCUGAGAUUGCUGAACUCAUGAGACGACCACCCCCCGGUCCUACAUGCCACAGACACGCAUACACACACCCUCUCCCACCGGGACGUUGUGAGGUGGAUGCUGCCGAACAGCGCCCUCUCACACUCCUCCCAGCAGGCCUGGUAUUUUCAUGACCUUAGAAUUUCCACCCAACUUCAAUCUCUAGGAAAUGGUGACAGACUAGUGUGGAUAUCAAACCCUCCAUCUCUAAUUCUCUCUCUAGGAGAUGGUGACAGGCUAGUGGGGAUAUCAGGAUCUGGGCCCAGCAUCAUCUCACAACUAACACUCAAACUCACAGGACAGGCUUAGCUGUCCCUGGGUGACCACGUACACAACUCCACAACACAAUAAGUCACUUUUGUGUCAUAGUUUAGGAUUGUUCACAUUUGCAUGCAUAGUUUGUCUGAACUCUCAGAUGUCAGAUUUUUGUACUUCGGACAUUGGUGAGUUCAUGGUGGGAGAUUUCUCUAACGCAGUCUCCAUUUUCCAGGCCUCCCAAUGUGCCGCCCAAACCUCAUGGUGGCACAAAUAGGAGGGCUAGGCCCCGCUCGGUCUUUAACGUUAAGUUGUUUAAUGGCAAUCUGGAGUCCUUUGUCAAGGUACUGGUCAAGCCUGGCCUCGGACUGCUACCGACCGUCUCUCCGACCGUUUCCAUAAUAAUGACCAUAACUCAACCACUCACACUUCGUCUUUUUCCUGGGGUCUGAUCAUUAUGCUGACCACACCAGUCAGUGAUUCUAUCUUUUCGGUUCUCUCUGUAGUCUCAAACGCUGGGAAAGCACCAGGGUGGCAUUGCUACUGACAGGGUGCAUCCAGGGGAGGAGGUAUGAUGGAAGGAAGAUGUUUGUCUCCUCCAUCUUUCCCCCGAGUCACUGCUGUCAACUAGGGCAUUGGUAUUCCUCCCUAUUUCUCUCUCUCUCUCUCUCUCUCCCUCUCCCUCUCUCUCUCCCUCUCCCUCUCCCUCUCCCUCUCUCUCUCUCUCUCUCUCUCUCUCCUCUCUCAAGAAAAAUUCUCUCUCUCUCUCUCUCUCUCUCUCUCUCUCUCUCUCUCUCUUCUCUCUCUCUCUCUCUCUCUCUCUCUCUCUCUCUCUCUCUCUCUCUCUCUCUCUCUCUCUCUUCUCUCUCUCUCUCAUCUGGCUGGUAUGAAAGCAGCCAUUGUCAGCAGGAUAUAUGUGACAGCCAGGGGACGGUGGCCAGAGCGAUAAGGAAUCCACGACCUCCCCACAAUGCCCUGCUGCUUCCCCUGCGUUUGAUGCCAGCUCUGUUCUCAGUGUGUGGGGGGGUGAGGGCCUGUGAGGGCCGGGCUAGGCUGUGGUACUCUAUCUGGCUGCUGUGGUGAUUUUAAUCUGGGUUUCUCUCUCUCUCUCUCUCUCUCUCUUUCUCUCUUUCUCUCUCUCUCAUUCUCUCUCUCUCCCCUUCUACGCUUCCUUGUAGCCGCGGACGACGGAACUCGCACGCCAGACACCAGGUAGAGUGGAGUAGAGAGGGACGUGUCCCUACUGCUACCUGUCUGUCUAUUAGGGCCGGGGCGAUAACAGUAUCGCAAUACUCGUUAUUAUUGUGGCAAGAAAACAAAACACGAAGCGGGUUUAACUUCUUUAGGAAGACCGCCCUGAUGUUGGAAACAAACAUCAUUAUGUUGUCAUCCAGAGUCACAUUUAAUUACUUUCCAAGCUAUAGCAUACAAUAUUUUACAUACAGCAGGUUUUUAAAGGAACAAAGAGUUUGGUCUGCUUUGUGUUUUCAUUUUGCCAUGGAAAAAAUAUUGCGAUACUGGUAUCGUCACAGUCCUACUGUCUAUGCUGACUUCCUAUCUCUGUCUUUCUGUCUCUUUUUCUGCCCCUAACAUCACCUCCACUUCCUGACUGUGAUAAACUUUGACCUAUGUUUGUUGAUGUGCAAUACUAACUCCCUGGAGAUUUGCCCUGACAGACUGAUAUCGUUAUUCAUAUAUUCCUGUGUCCAGGGUUGCAACUGGAUUCUGAAGUACAACUUGACCUGUACCCUAUGAAUUGCAAAUGUACCCUAUACUUACAAUUUGGCUUUGUUUACAUUGUAAAAUUCUUAGAAUUCCCAACACUUAUUUCAGACCUUGCAACUUCUACAUUGACAGGUAUUGAAUUCCUCCCAACAUAGACUAUCUUGAUUAGUCCUCAGCUACAGAGCAUUGGUACCCGGUGGUUCCUGGAAUCCCAGCAUGGUUGAUGUAUUUAGGGCCAUGUGUCUAUUCCCUCUGGGUGAAAACUGAUCCACAACAUUAUUAGAAGCAUGUAGGAGUUCUCUGCCCAAGCAGGGAGCUAGCAGCUGGUACUUUUGCCAAGUGUACUCUGGAGUGCAGCUCUUGUUACCCUUCUACUGAGGGAGGAAUGUGUCCUCUUUAAAGGGACAGCUCCUCUCUCACUCUCCUCUCCUCUCUCUCGCUCACUCGCCACUCCAUAUGAAGUGUGUGGUAGUGGCUCUGUUACGUAACCUCACAUCUCUUAUCAGUGUCCCAAGUGUGCUCUCAAGUGUUGACGUAACACAAUAACACGAUAAGGAUGCAAUUUUUAGUACCACUGGAGCCCCAUUGAGUUGUAUUGGCUAAGAGAAACCCUUUGCACGGGCUUCUCAGUGUGGUCAAUGAGUCACUACUGUAGAUUUAGUGAUCUAUAAAAAUUAUUGAGGCAUUGUGAGAGACUGGGCAGGGCAUGAAUGGUUCUGCAGCUGCAAAACUUUAGUCUGUCUCGGUAAACCUUCAGCAUGAUCAUUGGUAACACUUUACUGUAGUCCCUUUUAUGCCUAUGACAGAUGUUAUAAUGUCUUAUGUAGUUGUUAUUAUAAAGGCUUUAUGAAUGCAUACAUAAGGGUGGCUACAGUAAAAUGUCACCGGUCAUUUCUCCCUUCACCCAUUAAGUAUAAUAAUGGUGGGCAUGCAUGUAGAAAGAAAUAAGCAUGUAAAGACUAAAUAAUGUAAUGUAUUUGAGGUCAGAAUAAUCCAUCUGUUAAUAUAACAUGCCCUUCCUCUAAUUGUGAAGGACUCUGGACAAGCUAUUCCCCGUGUGGUCGAAAGCUGUAUUCGAUUCAUCAAUCUCUAUGGUGAGUUGGUAAUCCAUUAAUUACUUGUAUUUGUUUUGCAAUGCGACAGCAAUGGUUUUCUCUCAUUUUCACACCUCUUGCAGGCCAAUCAAUGGUAACAGUCCAAAAUGACUGUGGUGCUAAAUCUUCUCCUCUUAUUAAAAGCUCCUAAAUUGUGUGCAACCGUUUCAAUGUUUGACCCAUCCAAGUUUGGUCAAGGGUAACAUUGCUGCAAUUUCAGAGUGUUAAUUGUCUGGGUGUGUCCAUUCUUCCCGUGUCUGUGUUAGAAUCCGUUCCAUUUUAGUCACGGUCAUGGGAAAGACUAUGCAGAUGCCAUCUUGUUUACAGCAUCUGUCCAUGCAGCCAAUGGGAUGCAACACACACACUCCACACACACACUCCCUUCACACACACCAUCAAAUAGGUUAGUUAGACUAUCACUGUGAGACGCAUUAAUAAAACUCAAACAGAACACGUCGGCUUAAGCUUUUGAUGGCGUGACGCUAAUGACCUCUCACUGUAUUUUGCGGACACCGGCGACGUCUCUAGCGGGGAAGACCCUGACUAAUUAAGUUCCGAACUGACCUCUCUCCUUAGUAAAUGCUAAUCCUGACUGGAGGGCACUUUAGUAAGACUUGGUUGCGUUCUCUCUCCCUCAUUUAAUUAUCUUUAAUUGGAAAAGUGAAGGGCUAGAGGAAUGGGAUGUGGCCUUUUAGUUUGGAUUUAAACUGGCUUUUCUUUUUGCACUGGUGGUCUUUUAUAAUGGCUGCCUGUCACAAUGGACUAAACGUGUGUGUGUUCUCUCUUUCUCUCUCUGUCUCCCUUUCUGUCUAACCUCUCUCUUCCUCUUUCUCUCUCUGGUCUCUACUUCUCUCUCUCCCUCUCCCAUUCUUUGUUCACUGCAGGCCUUCAACAUCAAGGGAUAUUCCGUGUGUCCGGGUCUCAGAUGGAAAUCAAUGACAUCAAGAACUCAUUCGAGAGAGGUACUGUAGGAUGUUAUUAACAUGUUACUGUACAGUCAGCCCAAUACUUUUAUACUGUCCAGGAUUGCCACUUUAGUUAGUCAAAUUACACUUCACACAUUUGAUACCAUCAGUGGAUUGCAGCACAUAGGGACAAAACAAAAAGCAAAUGCAGGAAAUCAAUUAUAUAGUUAAUUUGAGCUGCAGAAUAUGACUUGGCUUAAUUGCCACUUAAUUUUCUGUUUUGAGAGAAUUAGUUGACACUGGAAAUAACUUAUGAAGCUAAUGAAAGAAGCAGAAACAUUGACAUUUAUAAUUUACACUGGUCAAAGGGCAUAACUUGUUUGUAAGAUUGAAACUUCCUUCUAGUCAGGGGAAAUGUAACGAUUGCCUGCAUACAACACCCUCACAUACACUUAUCGGUCUCCCAGGUAACGACCCAUUGACAGAUGAAGAGAACAACCACGAUAUCAACUCGGUGGCCGGGGUUCUCAAACUCUACUUCCGGGGCCUGGAGAAAUCCCUCUUGCCCAAGGAAAGAUUUAACGACCUACUGUCCUGCGUCAGUAAGUACCUCUGCUUGACAUUGUCUCUGGACCAGCACAGCUGGGGGUGCUACCUUAUAACAAGCACACACAUUAUUGGCAUAUCUGCAAAGUUGAACUUAGUGUCUUCAUAUUGAAUGGAAGUGUAUACAUUGUGCCAGUCAGAUGGAGCAGAUGCCCUCUAGGAGUCAUGAAAGUGGCAUUGACAGGACGUCUAGUAGAUAAAGUGAUGUCAUUAGUUAGACAGUGUUCACAUACCCUCUGCAGAUCAACUCUUAAUGUCCCACUUUGGGGAAAUCAUCACAAACAGCCUCAGGACCAGACAUCAUAUCUACUACUUACUCUUCUGUGGUGUGUUCAUCAGUAGCAUUGUGUUAUCCCGUCUUUGUGCCUGGAGGUGAAUAGUACCACUUUGUGUUGUUGUCUAUCUUCUCCACUGACUAGAGCAUUCAUGGGGUGAGCUAGGACACAAAGCUCACCAUACAGCCUGGUGUUGGGUGAUGAAAAGUAUAAACGCACAACUACAGUAGUGUUUACAUCAAACCAUACAGUGGCGAGUUCACUACAGACGGCCAUAUUGUUCUCUUACUGUAAAGGCAGUGUUACACUGUCUUCCAUAGUUUAGUCCGCUCUUUGUGGGACUCGCUCUGACCUUUAUAAGAUGUCAUGUGGGGGCUUUGUGGGGGGACUAGUGGAAUAGCCACUGUUGUUCAAGAACAAUGGACUGGCUAGUGUGGGUCACAUGUACUGUACACAACAUUUGCCGUAAUGCCUUUGGUGUGUGUGAGGGUGGGGGGGAUGGGGUAGGUGUGGGAGGGGUUCUGUGUGUGCACUGGCAUGUGGCCUAAGCGUGUGUGUGCGCUCGCCUUCGUGUUUGUUGUGAGAUAUGGCAUUGGUUUACAUUGUGCAGUCAGUGUGUGAGUGAUGGGGAUUCCCUGUUGUCUACAUUCUCUCAGGCUUGACAUACCAGCGCUUGGAGAGUGGGCCUCUUGCCCAGCCAACAGUCUCCAUAUUAAUAAAACCCUCCACUCCUUUCAGAAUGAGCCAGAUAUUUAGCACAGUAUCACCUUUACUUUAAAUGGCUGGCUCACUGGGCACUGGGUAAACACAUUUAUCAGAAGGUUGUCUAUGUUUUUGUUUUUGACAGUGCUGCAUUUGAACUUUAACUUGGUCUCUGUUGUACAAUUGCAAAUGCCUGUCUAGUCUGUCUACUGUCUUUCAAUUUGGGAUUUGCAACGAGUGGGGUGAUUGUGAGGGGGGGGGUAUGACUGUUCUUUAAAUAGCAUCCAUCUGAAGAGUUCAGGAACCAUGCAGAAGGAAACCUAGUUAGGUACUCAUGUAAGAUGAAUAACAUCACAAGUAUUCCCAAAAGCCCAACUCCCAGAUGGCCCAAACUCGUUUCACGGUGUCAGCACUAUUUCAGGCAGCCAUCGGUGUCGCCAAUGAAAAAAUUAAAUGGGCUGCUUUGGAACAGAGAUAGGCGGAUUCGAGUGAAACGGAUCAGUGCUCAACCCUUUGUAUGAUCGUUCUGAGAUGAGACUAAAGGGAUGUUUUGUGAGAUUGUUUGUCCUUGAUCAUUAUUGCAGUAGUGACAAAAAUGGAUUAAGAAAAAUAAAUAGUUUUUUUUCUCUCGCUGACAAGAGAGAAUAGAGAGACAGAGAUGUUAUUUUAUUUUAUUAGGAUCUCUUUUAGUCCUCAUUUGGACUAAUCUUCCAAGAGUCCUUAAACAUUAAAAUACAAUUUAUAAUACGAUCACAUUUUCACAUAUAGCACACUGUUACAAACAUACAUAAUACACUGACAUAUUGACCAGAUAAAUCAGUCUGAAAUUAUAGAUUGAUUCCUGCACAACCGUAGUCCUGCACAACCUUCAAAUGUAUUAUAUUUAAAUGGUUCUAAAGUAUUGUUUGAAUUUAUAUAUUGAAAGGUUUCUGGUUUCAAUUUCUUUAUUGCUCUCAAUCGAAUGGUUAUUUUGCCUAUUUCUCUUUUCUGUCUGGAUAACACACAGAUGGUGGACAAUCUAUUCCUAGUAUUUACUGUCUGGAUAACACAUAGAUGGUGGACAAUCUAUUCCUAGUAUUUACUGUCUGGAUAACACACAGAUGGUGGACAAUCUAUUCCUAGUAUUUACUGUCUGGAUAACACACAGAUGGUGGACAAUCUAUUCCUAGUAUUUACUGUCUGGAUAACACACAGAUGGUGGACAAUCUAUUCCUAGUAUUUACUGUCUGGAUAACACACAGAUGGUGGACAAUCUAUUCCUAGUAUUUACUGUCUGGAUAACACACAGAUGGUGGACAAUCUAUUCCUAGUAUUUACUGUCUGGAUAACACACAGAUGGUGGACAAUCUAUUCCUAGUAUUUACUGUCUGGAUAACACACAGAUGGUGGACAAUCUAUUCCUAGUAUUUACUGUCUGGAUAACACACAGAUGGUGGACAAUCUAUUCCUAGUAUUUACUGUCUGGAUAACACACAGAUGGUGGACAAUCUAUUCCUAGUAUUUACUGUCUGGAUAACACACAGAUGGUGGACAAUCUAUUCCUAGUAUUUACUGUCUGGAUAACACACAGAUGGUGGACAAUCUAUUCCUAGUAUUUACUGUCUGGAUAACACAUAGAUGGUGGACAAUCUAUUCCUAGUAUUUACUGUCUGGAUAACACACAGAUGGUGGACAAUCUAUUCCUAGUAUUUACUGUCUGGAUAACACACAGAUGGUGGACAAUCUAUUCCUAGUAUUUAUUGAAUGUCUGUCUCUUACCAACUGAAUACUGUUGUGAAUGGAGUUUGGCCGUUUUAAAUGGUGCACAUUGUGAAAUAAAAUAAGCAUGUUUUUUUCAAUUAUCUUGUUGAUUGAUGACCAACUAAGAGCAUUAUGCAUGACUACAACAGAAUAACCAUAUUUCCACCUUAAAACAAUCCUUGCUGCUUUGUUCAGUGCAAUAUGCAGCUUCUUAAUUUCACUUGCUGAUGCAUUUCCCCAGACCACAGAACAGUAGUUCACCUGACUCCCAAUUAAUGCUUGGGUUGUUUGCUUAAGAAUCUUUCCCGGUAAAUAUUUAGCUAUCCUUCUGAUCACGCAUGCAUUUUUUUUUUUUACAUAGAUGAGUUAUUUGAGACGACCAUGAUAAGCAGUUGUCUAGCUGCACCCCUAGUAGUUUGGUUUCUGCCACUUCCUCAAUUUGUACUCCAGUAUGAGGUCUGUACAUUUGUGUUUUAGUCCUUUAGCAGACACUCUUGUCCAGACACUUAUAAUAAUAUGCCAUUUAGCAGACGCUUUUAUCCAAAGCGACUUACAGUCAUGCGUGCAUACAUUUUUGUGUAUGGGCGGUCCCGGGGAUCGAACCCACUACCUUGGUGUUACAAGCGUCGUGCUCUACCAGCUGAGCUACAGAGGAGCACAAUCAGAGCUUUGUGCUCUGAGACACCUAAAGAAGACACACACACGCUCCCUCUCCCCUCUGAUAGAAGAGUGUAACUUUCUUUCGAUGUUUAGGACAGCAACAGAACUGGAAACAGCAGAACUUAUCACGGUGUGAUUUAUAACUGUGCAAUUGUACUCCAUGAUAUGUAUAACGGUUCUUCACUGGAAUUCUAAGAACAGUGCAAGCAUCCAUAGUGGUAUUGUGAGCAGCUUUGUGCUCUGAGACAACUUCAUCAGUGGUUAGUAUCUUUGUGAGGGCUCCAGAGACUUGUAACCUGGUUAAACCAUACUGAAUAUUGCGCUCGCCAUUGAGUGCAGCAUUGCGUCUGGUUCAACCAGGCUAUAGAAGUUGUGAGCUAUCCUAAUGGCCUCGGCCCUAAUAUGCUGCUGUGCUAUUUAUAGCUGCAGCCUGCACUGGGUAUCAAUGAGUGAGUGGUCACAUUCAGAUGGAUAACUGUCAUUAAAUAUGCAGCCCUGUAAAGUGGUGGGUCAGACCCAUUUUAGAGAAGAGCAUGGAUGACGCACUGACAGAAAUCACAGUGACAGGAGGACGUUCUCUGGAUGUGUUGGCUUCUUGGCUGAUCCGUUCGCGCGUGCGUGCGUGCGUGUGCGUGCGUGUGCGUGCGUGCGUGCGUGCGUGUGUGUGUGUGUGUGUGUGAGAGAACACGAACACACACACACACACACACACACCUCGGAUACAUGUAUUUUUAAUUGUGCAUACUGAUAAGAAAUAUACCUCAAGCUAAAAACAGUUCAACCGGACUAAAUCAUUUUUGUCUAAAUGACUCCGGUCUGUAUUACUAAGAUUUAUAUGAUGAGUAAUAUUGAAAGAUUGAAUACAACCCCUAGAGUAAUAACAUUUCUCUCUCUCUCUCUCCCUCCCAGGAAUAGAGAACCUGUAUGAGAGGUCCCUGUACAUCCGUAAGAUCCUCCUGACCGCCGUGCCCAGGUCCAUCCUCAUCGUGAUGCGCUACCUCUUCGCCUUUCUCAACCAGUAAGUCGUCAACAACCGGUCCAGGGUCAUAUUCAUUAGGCAUCAAACUGAAAAAAAUUGACUGAAAGGGGGAGGUACUACCUGGCAAAUUUUUGUUUCCUGUUGUGAAUCGUUUUCCAUUGCGUGCCCUAAUGAAUAAUAUGACCCAGGCUUGUUCACUGACUCUUUAUUGUCUGAUAUACCGUUUGUAAGUACAAAACACACAUUGACUGGCCUACUGUACUACUGUAUGGGGACAUGUUAAUCAAUCACCAAAUAGCCCUAAUAACUUGCACCUUUUAAGAUCAUUGUACAGUACACGUCUCCUGUUUGUUACUGUAUGUAGAGACAGGGAGAGAAAAUGAGCUAGCGUUAAAUUCAAUGUGUCCAGUGAUAACAGAUGACUGGAGAGAUUUACUGCUUAGUCAUUUACUCCACCUGAAAGGCACUCAUUGUUUUACUGCUUAGCUGAUAAAGAGAGGAGCAUAAUGCCGCUGUGUGAUCAGUUAGGUUAUUAAAAAGGUUUGAGAAUGUAUCACUACCCAGACAGUGAGAGGAUAGGCAGUCAAUUUGGUGCCUCGGCUGAAUGCAGCUGCAUGACACAGAACUAAUUCCUGUUUGUACACAAACAAAUUAAAACACUGUGUUUGAGAAGGGCCAAGUUUAUCCACUUUAUCUUGUUAGAGAUUAUACUAACUUAAUGUAAAGUCGAUUGUUGUGUGUAAACCCUUUAUCUCUCUGUCUCUCUCACCUCUCUCUGUCUAUCUCCCUCUCUUUCUCUCUCACUCUCACUCCCCCUCACUUUGCUCCCUCUCCCCCCUCUCCCCCUCAGCCUGUCCCAGUACAGCGACGAGAACAUGAUGGACCCCUAUAACCUGGCCAUCUGCUUCGGGCCCACCCUCAUGCCCACACCCAACAUCGAGGACCAGGUGUCGUGCCAGGCACACGUCAACGAGAUCAUCAAGACCAUCAUCAUCCACCACGAGACCAUCUUCCCCGACACCAAGGAGCUGGAUGGGCCUGUCUACGAGAAAUGCAUGGCCGGGGAAGACUACUGGUGAGCUGAACAUAUAAGUAGAAUUAAUAGAAAGGCAACUGGUGAGCUGAACGAUUGAGCUGAACGAUUGAGCAGGGUCUGUGAGAAGUGCAUGGCUGGCGGAGACUACUGGUGAGAUCAGGGUUCUCACCCUUAGACACUUUAUAAAGAAGAAUACAUUUGAAUCAACAUUUCAUUUCCAAACAGCAAUUAAUCUGACGUUUCAUGAUUUUCCUUCAUUGUAUCAAUAGAUGUGUUCAAUUCUCUAGCUUUCCCUGUCUGGAAUGGACUUUUCCCUGGUAUUCCAGAAGUUCCCUGACCUGUGGGAACCCUGUGAGAUUAUUGACUGAGCAGGGUUGCCCUUCUGUGGGGUCAGGGGUCAUUCAUUAGUGAAACUCUAUGCGGGCGACUUGCGAUGAUGUCAUUUUGACGAGCCUCACUGAGAUGUUGGCUGGGGAGCCAGUAGGGGGGUUUUUCUCAUUCCUGUCCUGUGAAUGUAUCAUAACUCAGGCUCGCAGCCAAAUACCCCUUCAUAUGGGACAUAAUUUUCCAUGCUGCAGGUAUGUGUGUCUCUGCACUGCAGUGGGGGCUGCAGCGGUCUCAAUACGUCGUUAGUAAGAGUUAAUGCAGGUAAUUAUGCUAAAUGAUUAAGGUGUCUGUGGUGAGACAAUAUGACAGGGUAGAGCUCUCUUUUCUGUGUCAGCUUUAGAUAUCUGCCUUGACGAAGUGAGACUGACUGAAUCGAUCACCAUAGUGACCCUCAUCAAGUUAGAAGAAAAGAGACAAGUCACUUGGCAAGGAAACGGCCAUUUUAACAUCCAAGUAAUGCAGCAUGUAGAAGUAUGUUAAAACAGAGCAGAGUAAAGUCCCUGGGCCAGCUAGCUCCACAGCUGUGAGGAGCUGAGCAGGGAGAGGUUAUGGUUCUCUUCCCCUGAAGAGCACUAGCCUGGUCCCAGAUCUGUUUGUGCUGUCUUGCCAACUCCUAAGCUUUAGAUAUUGGCCUAGAAAAGGUGACGGACCGAAGCGAUCACGAUUGGGAAGGAAACACUAAUUAUAACCUAAAGUGCAGCACAUAGAAGUACAUUAAAACAGACCAAAGUAAAGUUUGUCAAGAUGGCUCCACAGCUGUGAGGAGAGCCUAUCACUUCCUUCCUCUGAAGAGCACGUCUCUCUCUGUUCCUUGGCAGAGCGUAAGCCUUAGCUCCGCCAGAGAUAAUCACCCGUCACAGCCAUCAGGACGCCAUCCCUGACCGAGCCACAUCAAACCCAGGGAGAUUUGUUGUCGUCUCUCCAUCCCUCUUCCUCCCCCGGUGGGUGAGGCGAGGCGGGUGGCGGUGGUGUGUUACCCUGGGAAGCGGCACUAAGUGCCAGCCGGAGGUAAUCUGUGGAAGAUUUAAGGGGCAUUAAUGCCAGGGAUGUCUGAACAGAUAAACAGCACCCAGGCUGUGUCAUGGGAAUACUGAUGAACAGCACCCAGGCUGUGUCAUGGGAAUACUGAUGAACAGCACCCAGGCUGUGUCAUGGGAAUACUGAUGAACAGCACCCAGGCUGUGUCAUGGGAAUACUGAUAAACAGCACCCAGGCUGUGUCAUGGGAAUACUGAUAACAGCACCCAGGCUGUUCAUGGGAAUACUGAUGAAUGCCCCAUGGCUGUGUUCUGAAUACUGUGACUGCACCCAAGUGGCUGUGUCAUGGCAAUACGUCACAAGUGUCUGUUGAUGACAGACCCGUGUCUGAAUCUGAUGCAGCCCCCAGGCUGUGACCCAGGCUGUCAUGGGAAUACUGAUGAUGCCCUCUAUUUGGGCUUCUCAAUAGUGGGUGGCUGCCUCUCAAUGUGGCUGUAGGUGCAUCGCAAUAGUCUAAAGUCUGUGAGACAGACCUGUCUAUUAUGCAGGGCCUCGGACUCUGACUUGUUUACAUAGGACAACACGUAGCCAAUGUGAAUUGGUCCCUAAGCCCUUUAUGUAGGGCGGCAGGUAGCUUAGUGGUUAAAGCGUUGUGCCAGUAACCUAAAGGUCGCUGGUUCUAAUCCCCGAGCCGACUAGGUGAAAAAUCUGUCGAUGUGCCCUUGAGCAAGGCACUUAACCCUAAUUGCUCCUGUAAGUCGCUCUGGAUAAGAGCGUCUGCUAAAUGACUAAAAAUGUAAAUGUAGUGGCCACUUCCUGAUGUGUUUUGCUGCUACUGUUUUGGGCAAAAUGAGAACUGAGAUGAUGCGCACUUCCAUCCCAACUGCCACUGGUCAAUAUUCCAAAAUUGAAAACCCAUUCGCGAGCAUCUUGUGUCCUGCCGCAACCUGUUUUAUAACAUGAUUUGCUAUGAAACACAAAGCUGAUUUAGCUAACGUGGCCUGCCUGCUCAAAGUGCCUGCUAGUUACUACUAGUUAGCUUAAUUGACAAACACAGAGAUGGAACUUAGCUAGCUAGCUAGUAGUGAUUUUAGUUUGACAGCUUGCUGAUGAUGAGGUUGUUCUCAGAACAACCUCAUCAUCAGCGCAGCCAGCAAGCAGCUGACUUUAUACUGUCUGCAGUGCACUGACUUUUUCCAUGCACAUUUUUUUACUUAAAAGAUACUGCACCAAACAGCUUAGCUAGAUGUACAAUCGUGCAACUAAGACCUGCUCUGCAAAAACAUCAAAAUGAAUUACAGAUUUCUUGAUUUAUAUUUUGAGGAAGUGGUAGUUGCUACCGUGACUCGGGAGGGACAAACGACAGUGACUGCCAGGAUAAGAUAUGCGAACAUUAUACACCCACAUCGAACCACACCCCCAAGACCCAAAUCUUGUUUUUCUUAAUGAGCAGCAGAAAAACACAUGCGGAAUCGGUGCGUUCAGCCCCCCUUUAACAGCGGCCCUCCGGACCUCGGUGAAGACUGAAUGUGGCCUGUGGGGAAAAAUGUGUUUGACACCCCUGAUCUACACUAAAAGUCUUACAUACUACUUACUACCAGGUAUUUGCUUUCGCCAGUCCAGUUGUGUCACAUCAUUACCGAAGAAGGAAAGGAGGCAAAUGGGGGAAUCCACUUUAAACUAUUAAGAUACAGCCUGAGGCUGGAUGAAAUUGAGUAGGGGGUACAAUUGUAUCCAUGGUAGCCUGAACUCAACCUAUAACCUCUGACCCCUAACCCUGACCUCUGACUUUGUCUCUUCCCCCACAGUGAGAGUCCCUACAGCGAGCAUGGGGCCAUAGAGGAGGUGGACAAUGAGGGAGGCACUGAGACGCAUACCAGCGAGGACGGUGAGUACCCUUCAACCAGGCACCCUCAUAACCCUAUGAUGUAAUUACAUACCAGAUGUUAACGUCAUGGGAAAAGCAUACACUUUCUUUCCCCUGUGUCUGUGCUGUGGUCUAGUGAGGGUUAAAUCCAGACUUUCUCCAGUGGCGCAGUGGUCUAAGGCACUGCAUCGCAGUGCUAGCUGUGCCACUAGAGAUCCUGGUUCGAAUCCAGGCUACGUCGUAGCCGGCCGCGACCGGGAGACCCAUGGGGCGGCGCACAAUUGGCCCAGCGUCGUCCAGGGUAGGGGAGGGAAUGGCCGGCAGGGGAUGUUGGUAGAGCAUGGCGUUUGCAACGCCAGGGUUGUGGGUUCGAUUCCCACGGGGGGGGCCAGUAUGAAAAAAUAAAAAAUAAAUAAUGUAUGCACUCACUAACUGUAAGUCGCUCUGGAUAAGAGCGUCUGCUAAAUGACUAAAAUGUAAAUGUAAAUGUAAAAUGUCUGUGCUGUGGUCUAGUGAGGGUUAAAUCCAGACUUUCUCCAGUGUCUGUGCUGUGGUCUAGUGAGGGUUAAAUCCAGACUUUCUCCAGUGUCUGUGCUGUGGUCUAGUGAGGGUUAAAUCCAGAAUAAUACUUUCCCUACUGUCUGUGCUGUGGUCUAGCGAGGGUUAAACCAAGAGCCCACUGGUCUGUGUGGAUAAUCCUGCCUUUCAGCCUGUUAAAUGGAAUGACCUUGGAGGGGCAGGGAACUGGGCUCCAGAGAUGUGGGCAUCUAUUCAUAUACUAAUUCCUACUGUGUCGCCAACACCCCAUGUGACCUGGGCCACACAGUGAUAGCAGCACCCCCCUCCCAGGCCCCUGGUGGGCUCUUCUGCAUCCCUCCGGACCCCUCGGGUGAUGUGAUGAGAGAUCUUUACGUUUUUGGGUCAGCCGAUAGCAUUUCAACGAGCCCUAAUCCCAUGGGUUGGUCACUCAAGGAUACCCAGCAUAGAACUACUUUUGGGGGAAUUAUUUUGAACUCCAAAUAGGAAUGGGGAGUGAUGAGGAUCAAUGAUUGUGUCUAUAAUAAUACCAUCUGUAUUGUCUAUGCUUUUAAACUACUUCAGCAUGUGUUCAUGUGAUAAGCCUCACUCACACCAACCUCAGAGACACUGCACUGCAGGCCAGGGAACUAUAUACUUCUCAGACUAAGUAAAAUGUGUGAGUUGAGAUGUCUGCUCUUCCAGCUGGUCUGUUGGACCCGGUCUCAGACGAGGGGCAUGCGAUGGAGUUGGUCUGUUCCAAAUCAAAUACAGUGACUCACCUCCUCCGUGGGCUACAGAGGGGUCAGGUUGGCUGAGUAGGCCAGAAACGGGUUGCUUCUCAGGGAAACGUUUUAAAAAACGCUGUACAACUACAGUGCCUUCAGAAAGUAUUCACACACCUUUUUUUCCACAUUUUGUUGUUACAGCCUGAAUUUAAAAUGGAUUGAAUUUAGAUUUUGGGUCAUUAGCCUAAACACAAUACCCCAUAAUGUCAAAAUGGAAUUAUGUUUUUAGAAAUUUUGUAGAGAAUAAAACUGCAAGAGAAUUGGCAAAUAAAUGUACUUUAUGUCCUGAAUACAAAGCAUUAUGUUUGGGGCAAAUCCAACACAUCACUGAGUACCACUCUUCAUAUUUUCAAGCAUGCUGGUGGCUGCAUCAUGUUAUGGGUAUGCUUGUCAUCGGCAAGGACUAGAGAGGUUAUUUGGGGGAUAAAAAUAAACGGAAUAGAGCUGAGCACAGGCAAAAUCUUAGAGGAAAACCUGGUUCAGUCUGCUUUCCAACAGACACUGGGAGACAAAUUCACCUUUCAGCAUGACAAUAACCUAAAACAUAAGGCCAAAUAUACACUGGAGUUGCUUACCAGGACGACAUUGAAUGUUCCUGUGUGGCUUAGUUACAGUUUUGACUUAAAUCGGCUUAAAUCUAUGGCAAGACUUGAAAAUGACUGUCUAGCAAUGAUCAACAACCAACUUGACAGAGCCUGAAGAAUUUUUAAAAGAAUAAUGUGCAAAUAUUGUGCGAUCCAAGUGUGCAAAGCUCUUAGAGACAUGCCCAGUAAGACUCACAGCUGUAAUCGCUGGCGAAGGUGAUUCUAACAUGUAUUGACUCGGGUAUGAAUACUUAAAGUAUUUAAUUUUAAUACAUUUGCACAAAUUUAUAAAAACAUGUUUUCACUUUAUCAUUAUGGGGUAUUGUGUGUAGAUGGGUGAGAAAUCUAUUUAAUCCAUUUUGAAUUCAAAACACAACAAUGUGAAAUAAGUCAAGGGGUAUGAAUACUUUCUGAAGGCACUGUACAUAAAACAUUUUACAAAAACGCUGUACAACUACGUUACAAAAACUUUCAAAAUUGUGUUGGAGAGCAGACAAUGUGGACGGCUACAAUGGAGCCCAACCCGUUUCCGUGGUAAUAAUAAAAGCACACAUUAGUAGCCUAAUCAUAAUAACAGGCAAAAAUCCCUUUCCGUUUAGGUCUGAAAGUGUUUUUAGAUGUCCUUUAAACAGAAUUUAUACAAGAGCUCCAGGAUGGAAAUGUAGGCCAUCACUUCUCAUAACAUACUGUAGCCUUGCUAGCACAUCCUCUUUCAGAGUCAGACACAUUUAUGCCCAUUCUAACAAAUUAAGACACCUGGGGCAAAAUAAUAAAACGGGGGAGGGACUGACUGCUUGGACAUAAGAAAUCCAAUAAGAAAAACAAUUUUUCACUGCAAACAUUUUCCAUUGAAUGCCCUAAUGAAUGACACCUGAUGGUACAUAUUAAAGCACGUAGGCUACAUCAUAGUUUUCCAUUCUAGAACGGUAAAAACACACAUGGCAGCUAUCCAUUGCAAAGCAAUUAAUUAUGGACAAGCAAGCCUAAUAAACCAUAUGAACCUAACUCGGGCUACCAUGGUUUUGGUCCAAAUAUUGUCUCCCUGUCGGGUUGAGUGGAAAGCCUUUCUGACCCCAAUGUUAUUGCCAUUCCCUGUGGGCUCUUGAAGCCUGUUCACAGACCUAUUGUCCUCCAGUUAGUGGUUGAAAAUACUUAGGAUCUUACACAGAUUUACAGUUCUGACGUCAAUGUUCGAUCCUAGUUGUCUUCAGGGCUUCAAUGUCUUUGUUCGCUCUCGUUGUAUUGGCCACCUUUUGUAACCAGCCAAUAAGGCCAAGCCCUCUCCUCUGUUAAAGCCCAUUUACUCCCAUUAUGGAUGAACUGGAGAGUCCACAUUUACAGAACUGACUCCGUGAGUGUGUGUGUGUGUGUGGACGUGUUUAUCUAUUCUUGAUUCAGCCUGACCAGAAGUCCCCACAAGAAUAGUAAACAUUUUGUUAGUCCCCAUGAGAUCAAAUGCUAUUUCUAGGGGGUUUAGGGUUAAGGUUAGAAUUAGUGUUAGGGUUAGUUUUAGGGUUAGGAGUUAGGUUUAGGGUUAAGGUUAGGCUUUUGGGUUAAGGUUAGGGUAAGAGUAGGGUUAGGUUUAGGGGUUAAGGGAAAAUAUGAUUUUGAAUGGGACUGAAUUGUAUGUCCCCACAAGGUUAGCUGUACAAGACUGUGUGAGUGUGUCUGUGCGAUAGGAAACACAUGCAUCAUGUGGGGAACAUCACAUGGGGAAAACUAGGGGAAAUGGUUUGAAUUGUUGGUGCUUGAUCAUUUCCCAGACAUAAUAGGUUGUCACUUCCCAGUGUCCCUUCGUUCUUUCACGUACUACAGACAGUACUCAAUUUUAAUUAACUGCAUUCCAUCAACUCCUGUAAAAAGUUUCUGGUCGGCAAUGACAUGCAUGACAUCGUCGAGUAAUAUGACUGCGAGUGACAGUGUCCUUUUUUUAGACACCCAUUUCUCACUCUCUGUCAAUACAUUGAUGUUCCUUCCCUCUGCUGGUAAAACACUAUAGGGUCAAAGGUGAAUGAGCUGGCACAUUGAUUUUAUCUCAGAGUGCAAAAGCUGUUUCAUGUAAAUCUUUUUUUUUUGCUGUAUGUUGGACAGCCAUGGUUGGAGUAGUGCAUUCUCUUUACCCAGUGUAGUAUACACUGAACAGGUCAUUACUCUUCCCCUAUGACCCCCCCCCCCCCCCCCCUGUCUCUGCUCAGCAUGUCCUGUAGCAGAUAAGCAGGAUUUUAGAUGUAUUUACAGAGAGAGUGAGAGAGAAUUCAUUGGGGCCUGCCUAGCUGCUUCUUUUCUUUUCUGCCUCUCACGUUAUCGAUUGUAUCCGUAUCUCACUCCAAGGUGGUGGUCCCUAUUCGCAUCAUGAGCAGAGCGAGCCAUGGGACUACUCCACUGGGGUGUACCAGCAUCCUACAUCCUACACUGCUAUAUCAGACCCUCUGACCUUUUCAGUUCAGCUAUUUUUGUGUAUGCGUGCACGCACGUCUGAGCGUCCUUGUCUAUGAGCGUGCGCACUAUGAAAUUUAAAAUGUAAUCAGACAGAUCAAAUUCCUGUCUGUCACAUCUUAUUGACUCCACAACACACCUGUCAUUCCCCACGGCAGAGAGGGGAGAGAGGGAGAAAAAACAAGAGAACCAAGAUGCAUGUUAACUCCAUUUGGAAACACUGUCCUCUCCACUGCUCCUCUCACCAGGAUGCUCACCAGGGAAUCUCACUGAGUUGUUUGUGUGAAAAGAAUAUCAUGGUGGCUUUUCACACAUGCUGCUCUGGUUUCCUGCUAUCUGAGCUCUGUGGUGCUUCUCCACUGAUACCUCUUAUCAAGGAAGCCUUGCUGUGGGAGGGAGCAGCAGGGACCCCUGUCUGGCUUAAUGGGUUCUGGUGGUUGGAUGUUCUUGGAGGGUGGUUGGGGGUGGAAGGAAACUGACCAAUGACGAUUGCUGUAUCGUCAUUGGUCGGGAGUCAUGGCUGACGCCACCUAAGAGGAAAGGCCCAUAUGACUGUUCCUUGAUGUUUUUAGCUCACCUGGCAGCAGAAACGGCUAUGUCUUAGUGUGAUACUGACUGCGUUACAAGGGGCUAUGUGAAAAACGUUUCUAACAACAUUAUAUAAACUAUAUGUGGUGUGGUAAUGUACUCACAACAUAGACACUCACAACAAAAAGCAGAUGACAGUGUUUGUAUUGGGUUUAUCUUAUUAACACUGUCCUCACUCAGACAUCCCAUGCAGAAUCGCCAUAGGUCUUUGUGAUAGCUUGUAGUUUGGAUACAGACUCUCUAUUGUCUAGUAGUCUAACCUCAGCAGAAGUCCAUAGUCUGGCUAACAUACUGUACUGAGCAGUAUAGAUCUCCUUUCACUAAGAACUAUAAUUAUCCCUGUUCAGGGCCUUCAGGGUCUGUUGUCCAGGGUGCUCUAUUGUAUGUGUGUAGCUCAGUUGUUAUUGACACUGACUAAAAUAGGCUGACUGACUGCUGCUUUCAAUCAUAGGUCGAUAAUACCAGACCCAUUUGUGACAUAAUUCAGACAUACAUAAUCGUGACAUACAUAAUACUGACAUAUACAGUGGGGGAAAAAAGUAUUUAGUCAGCCACCAAUUGUGCAAGUUCUCCCACUUAAAAAGAUGAGAGAGGCCUGUAAUUUUCGUCAUAGGUACACGUCAACUAUGACAGACAAAUGGAGAUUUUUUUUCUCCAGAAAAUCACAUUGUAGGAUUUUUAAUGAAUUUAUUUGCAAAUUAUGGUGGAAAAUAAGUAUUUGGUCACCUACAAACAAGCAAGAUUUCUGGCUCUCACAGACCUGUAACUUCUUCUUUAAGAGGCUCCUCUGUCCUCCACUCGUUACCUGUAUUAAUGGCACCUGUUUGAACUUGUUAUCAGUAUAAAAGACACCUGUCCACAACCUCAAACAGUCACACUCCAAACUCCACUAUGGCCAAGACCAAAGAGCUGUCAAAGGACACCAGAAACAAAAUUGUAGACCUGCACCAGGCUGGGAAGACUGAAUCUGCAAUAGGUAAGCAGCUUGGUUUGAAGAAAUCAACUGUGGGAGCAAUUAUUAGGAAAUGGAAGACAUACAAGACCACUGAUAAUCUCCCUCGAUCUGGGGCUCCACGCAAGAUCUCACCCCAUGGGGUCAAAAUGAUCACAAGAAUGGUGAGCAAAAAUCCCAGAACCACACGGGGGGACCUAGUGAAUGACCUGCAGAGAGCUGGGACCAAAGUAACAAAGCCUACCAUCAGUAACACACUACGCCGCCAGGGACUCAAAUACUGCAGUGCCAGACGUGUCCCCCUGCUUAAGCCAUUACAUGUCCAGGCCCAUCUGAAGUUUGCUAGAGUGCAUUUGGAUGAUCCAGAAGAGGAUUGGGAGAAUGUCAUAUGGUCAGAUGAAACCAAAAUAGAACUUUUUGGUAAAAACUCAACUUGUCGUGUUUGGAGGACAAAGAAUGCUGAGUUGCAUCCAAAGAACACCAUACCUACUGUGAAGCAUGGGGGUGGAAACAUCAUGCUUUGGGGCUGUUUUUCUGCAAAGGGACCAGGAUGACUGAUCCGUGUAAAGGACUGAAUGAAUGGGGCCAUGUAUCGUGAGAUUUUGAGUGAAAACCUCCUUCCAUCAGCAAGGGCAUUGAAGAUGAAACGUGGCUGGGUCUUUCAGCAUGACAAUGAUCCCAAACACACCGCCCGGGCAACGAAGGAGUGGCUUCGUAAGAAGCAUUUCAAGGUCCUGGCGUGGCCUAGCCAGUCUCCAGAUCUCAACCCCAUAGAAAAUCUUUGGAGGGAGUUGAAAGUCCGUGUUGCCCAGCGACAGCCCCAAAACAUCACUGCUCUAGAGGAGAUCUGCAUGGAGGAAUGGGCCAAAAUACCAGCAACAGUGUGUGAAAACCUUGUGAAGACUUACAGAAAACGUUUGACCUGUGUCAUUGCCAACAAAGGGUAUAUAACAAAGUAUUGAGAAACUUUUGUUAUUGACCAAAUACUUAUUUUCCACCAUAAUUUGCAAAUAAAUUCAUUAAAAAUCCUACAAUGUGAUUUUCUGGAUUUUUUUCCCUCAUUUUGUCUGUCAUAGUUGACGUGUACCUAUGAUGAAAAUUACAGGCCGCUCUCAUCUUUUUAAGUUGGGAGAACUUGCACAAUUGGUGGCUGACUAAAUACUUUUUUUCCCCACUGUAAUUGCCAGAAAUGUUUAUACUCUGACAGCACUUAUUUAAAAAAAAAAUUUAAUGGGUUCCUUCAUGUACUUUAUCAGACGUUUGACAUACCUGACUGUUCUCCUUGUUUCUUCUGCAGAGGGUGAGCCCAUCGAAGCGAUUGCCAAGUUUGACUACGUGGGGCGUUCGGCCAGAGAGCUGUGCUUCAAGAAAGGCGCCUCCCUGCUGCUGUACCAGCGGGCAUCGGACGACUGGUGGGAGGGACGGCACAACGGCAUUGACGGCCUGGUACCUCACCAGUACAUCGUGGUGCAGGACAUGUGAGUAUGCAGCCCAUAGAGAUACACAGACAGCUUAUAGAGGAGAUACUAUCACAUAUAUUAUGUACAUAUUCUUACUCCAUUUCAGACAUCAGGGACAAGUAAUAUAAAUCAAUCUGGUGACAUUAUAAUAUGUUGAGUUAAAAGUUAAACGUUUUUUUAAGACUACAAUCCAGACAAGUGGUUUUGCACAGGAAUCGUUAGUGGGGCAGGAUUUGUAGUUGCACUCCAAUAAUGGUACUUGCACAUUAUGUCCUCAUCCUUGAAGUCUAGACCACUACUCCCUUAACAAUACAUAAGACUGCUGUUUAGAGAGGACUCUUGUAUGCAGUAAAUGUUCCACUUCCUUGAAGGGGACUCCUCAUUACAACUUGUGUCCUGUUCAAGCUAUUGCUCACUCACAUAACUGACCAAUCAGUCACUCAAUCACAUUGUAUUUAGUAUUUUAUUUUCACUCUUAACAGAGAAGACCCACCCUCCCUUAAUCCCAUUUGGGGUUCCUUUUCAGAGUGUAAGUGACAUUACCUGUCCAUCUUUAAUGUUCUUCCUCUGAAUUAAUCACUGCUUUUUCUCACUGACAGUGACUCUGAGGGGCCAAGGCUCUAGGGCUGUGUGAAGCAGGGUCCUGGGCUGGGGGCCUCUGUCUGUCCUACCCAUUCUAUGAUGAACAAGUGUUCUCUAAGGGUCCUUAAUUACCCCUUCUGCCCUCUGUCACCCUCUUAAUUACCCCCGAGAAAGACACUCGACAUUGUUUAGUAGCUGGCCAGAGAAACGCAUGUAUAAAGCUCUCCUCCUUUGUUAGUGCUGCAGGUCCUUUUCCAGCUGUCCCUACAUGUGCCUGUAUCAAUAAUUCACUGGGGGAGGACCCGGCGCUGAUGGCUGUUUUCUUAGUUAAUGGAACGACCCAGAGAAUUUCCAGCCGGGUGUCCCGUAGCAUAGCCUAGCAUACUGUACUGGUGUGUGGAGGCUCAGAGACAGUGUUGAGACACACGGCCCCCAUAAAAGGGUAUCAUCUUUCAGAGCUGAGCUAUGGGGCCAGGAAAAAAUUCACAGUGCAGCAUACACUGAGUUUACCAAACAUUAGGAACACCUUCCUAAUAUUGAGUUUUACCCCCAGAACAGCCUCAAUUCGUUGGGCCAUGGACUCUACAAGGUGUGUGUGUCGAAAGCGUUCCACAGGGCCAAUGUUGACUCCAAUGCCCACAGUUGUGUCAAGUUGGCUGGAUGUCCUUUGGGUGGUGGACGAUUCUUGAUACACACAGGAAACUGUUGAGCGUGAAAAACAUAGCAGCGUUGCAGUUCUUGACACAAACCGGUGUGCCUGGCACCUACUACCAUACCCUGUUCAAAGGGACUUGCCCAUUCACCCUCUGACACAAUCCAUACACAAUCCAGUGGAUUUAACAAGUGACAUCAAUAAGGGAUCAUCGCUUUCACCUGGUCAGUCUGUCAUGGAAAGAGCCGGUGUUCUUAAUGUUUUGUACACUCAGUGUAUAGAAGCACUUGGGUGAAAUACAGUAAGAUGAGCUUUGCGUAUCAGAUUGCUGGGCCUCAGUCAUCCUUCUUGUGAUACUUGUGUGUGUAGCAUGCGUGCACAUGUGGUGUGUGUAGGAUUGCAAAACUCCUGGUAAUUUACCAGUAGUUUACUAGUAAAAUUAGAAAAUGACCGGUAAUAUUCCUGCGCUUUGUAACCCUAGGUGGUUUAUCAGCCAGUCCAGUCCAUUAGUCCCCACUCCACCAGGCUAUGUGGCUACUAAGCAGCUCUGAUUGCUGCCACCUGACAAGAUCAGGCACCAACUAUAGUGUAUGCAGCUAGCGCUCAGCUCAGUCACACACACAGCCCAAUGAGAUAACCCAUACACCUGGCUCUGGUCAUGCUGCCUGGCAGCCCUGGACACACCACUACUAAUGGAAGGGUAAUAGAUCCAGGCCUAUGAGUCAACAUGAGCCUGGAGGAGAGGCUAGUUAGGAAUGCUUGACUGAACUCAAUGCACUGUGUUAUCAGAUGCCUUCAUCUUCUAAACUAUUCACUGUGGUAUCAGAUGCCUUCAUCUUCUAAACUAUUCACUGUGGUGUCAGAUGCCUUCAUCUUCUAAACUAUUCACUGUGGUGUCAGAUGCCUUCAUCUUCUAAACUAUUCACUGUGGUUUCAGAUGCCUUCAUCUUCUAAACUAUUCACUGUGGUGUCAGAUGUCGCCGCCUUCUAAAUUAUUGUUGCAUAAAAUUGCAUGGAUUUUUGUCUUCUUUUGUGUGUGUGUGUGUGUGCGCGCACCUGUGCGUGUAUGUGUGCGUGUCACAGGGAUGAUAAUUUCUCAGACACGCUGAGUCAAAAGGCUGACAGUGAGGCCAGCAGCGGUCAUGGAGCUGAGGACAAGUGUUCAGGAAAAGACAUGAGCUCUCCUACGGACACCAGGAUCUCUGACGCCUACAUUGGCAGGUGAGUUCAACCACAUCUUACCUCAACCUUACCUAGUUAGGCAGUAUUUAUUAGGCACCAAACAGAAGAAUACGGACUGAAACAUUGGGGGGACUACUUGGACUUGUCCAACAAGAAACGCGCAUUUCUGUUUUACGUUGCAUGCCAAACACACACACACACACAAACACACCGUAGCCUACUGGAACAGCACACCUUGACGUCUCACUGUGGAAUAUUCUCAGGCAUCUCACUAAUGAAAGACAGCCAAGCCAAUAACUGCUUGAUUUCUGGGUCUGUCUGCCAGUCGGUGGCUCUGGCUUGGACUACCACCACCACACCCUCUUCCGACUCCACUGUACUCUGUGGUCAACGACAGUUUAAAAGGCAAAAGGGCUACAUUACAUUAGGUAGAUGCACGUAAAAAAAUUAAAUGUACAAAUAUAAACAUUCUGUGGAAUGGAGAUGAAUCUAGAAUGAGUUCCAAUAGAGGAAAAAAAGUUAUGUGUACCUGGCUUUACUUAUGACUAACACUGAGGGACAAGUAUUGGAGUUAGUCAGUGAGUCUACAUGAGAAGGGCCAGAUGCCAUCUUCCAUGCAGGGUCAUCCACACUGUUAGCUAAACCUGGGCCCGUAUUCACAAAGACACUAAAGAGCUUUACUUUUUUUUUGAAAAAUAUAAUAUGGACAGGGGAGACCUGAUUCUAGAUCAGCGCUACUCAGCCUAAUGGCCAAUAGAGUCAUCGUUGAUGAUGAGUUGUCCCAUUCAGUGGGUAAUCGAAGUCCAUUUUCAGAUGGUUGGCAUCAGUCAAAAUCAGGGUGUAAAUACAAUAGAGGGGUGAUUUCAUAGUGGUCAUUCUCAGAGCAAUCUAGGGCGGACGCAUACACACACACACACUCCUGGUGUAUCUUUUUGACAGGGACUAUGAAGGCUUCUGGGAGAGUGACAGUAUUUUGUCUCACUCGUUCUUCUGUUCAUUGCUGCAUUCUAAUUUGUGUGGUGGAGUAGGCAACCUUGAAAAAUAUGCCACUGGCAUCAGCCCUGUAUACGAGUUUAGAUACUGUUUUAUUGAAAGGCUUGCUCACUUCACCUGUCUCUCUGCUGGAUAAGUGUUGAUGAAUCAUACUUUUGCCUAGCUAUGCGUUCCAUUCCUUGUUAUCCUCCCCCUGGCACCCCUCUAUUUUCUCAUGUGAUCCCUUGAGCCAGGACUACUUUCUCCUACCCCCCCUCUCUAAGAACCCCCCUCUCUACCCCCUCUCUACCCACCUCUUACCCCCAUCUCUACCCCUCUCUCUCCUCUACCCCUCCUCUCUCCCUCUACUCCCCUCCUCCCUCCCUCUCUCCCCCUCCUCCUCUCUCCCUCUCUCCCCUCCUCUCUCCCCCUCUCUCUACCCUCUCCUCCUCUCCCUCUCUCCUACCCUCUCUACCCCUCUCUCUCUCCCUCUCUACUCCCUCUCUCCCUCUCUCUUCUCUCCCUCUCUAACUCCUCCUCUCUCUUCCCUCUCUACUCCCCUCUCCCUCUCUCUCUCUCUCUACCCCCCUCUCUCUACCUCCUCUCUCUACCCCUCCUCUCUCUCACCCUCUCUCUCUUACCCCUCCCUCCUCUCACCCCUCCCUCUCUCUACCCUCCUCUCUCCCUCUACUCUCUCUCCUCUCUACCCCUCCUCCUCUCUCCUCUACCUCUCUCUCUCUCUAACCCCUCCUCUCUCCUCCUCCUCUCUCUCCUCCCUCUCUACUCCCUCCUCUCCUCUCCCUCUCUACCCCUCCUCUCUCUCUCCCUCUCAUCCCCCUCCUCUCUCUCACCUCUCUCCCCCUCACUCCUCCUCUCCCUCUCUUCCCCCCUCAUCUCCCUCUACUACCCGUAAUCUCCCUCUCUACCCCCCUCCUCUCUCCCUCUCUAAAACCCUCAACCCCUCCUCUUCUCCCUCUCAUACUAAAAACCCCUCCUCUCCCUCUCUCUUCUAAUACCGCUCCUCUACCCCUCCUCUACCCCCUCCUCUCUCGUUCCCCUCUCUACCUCUCCUCUCUCUUCUCCCUCUCUACCCUCCUCUCUCUACCCAUCCUCUCUCCUCUCGUACCCCUCCUCUCUCCCUCUCUACCCCUCCUCUCUACCUCUCUACCUCUCAACCCUCCCCCCUCCCCCUCUAACCCCCUCCCUCUCUCUUUCUUUCUCUCUCCCUCUCUCUACUGUUCUAUGCAGACAUGGCUCAGCACUGUUGAAUCAUUCAUAUCUUUGGCUUUAUUUAGAUAUCUCUCCUUCUACUCCCACUGUUCUCGAUCAACAACAAUCCACUCACUAGCUAGUCAAAAGCCCUAAAGUGCCUGGUAUGUUGUCAGGCAUUUACAUCAUUUCUAUUAUACAACAGCAGUAAUUAAUUGUACUCAGCCAGAGAACAUUAUUGUAUUAUCUGGUUUGCUUUUGUAUGACAUUAUCAAUACUAUGGGAAAAAUUGCAGUCAUGAGCCAUCUUACAUGAAUAACUUAUAAUAUGGUUUAUAAGUACCCAAUGACUGUCUAUGGGUUGUACUGUAGCAGUUCUUUUCCUUCCUAUAAGCCUGUCCAUAGAUUGAGUUGUGAUCUUACUCCCCCUACUGGUUAUGAAGAGUCCAUGCAUGUGUUUACCCCUCCAUGUGUUUACCUCACCCCUGCAGUAACAGACCCCUCUCCCAAUCCCCAGUCAGUCCUCCAUACUCUAUCAGAACACAUCAUGGCCCAUAUUUAGCUCCAUGAUGAAUCUCCACUCUCUUAAUGACGGUGGCUGAGACAGACAAUGUUAACUAGGUAGGAAUUAGACUGAGACUUGAAACACGCCUAGGAGGGAUGAUUAAGGAAUUAACAUUUUACAUUUUACAUUUUAGUCAUUUAGCAGACGCUCUUAUCCAGAGCGACUUACAGUUAGUGAAUACAUAUUUUUUUAUACUGGUCCCCCGUGGGAAUUAAUAGCUGCUAGACUCAUGAAUGACACUUGAUGGAGAUAAAGGUUUUGUCACAACACUGAUAUGAGAUCGGAAGUACUGUGUAGCUAGCCUGGUCCCAGAUCAGUUUGUGCUGUCUUGCCAACUACUAUGGUCUUGUCGCAUGUUAAUGACUGAAGGAGUUGGCUACACAGCACAAACAGAUCUGGGAACAGGCUACAGCACAACAAUACCCAUUUGGACAAAUGUUAAACCCUCAGUAGAUGUUAAUUGUCCAUUUCUGUGUCGUUGCCUAAUAAGUCAUUGAUUUUGGGUUUCUGCCUGGUGUUGUGUAGAGAAUAUUAGUUUGAUAUUAUGUUAGUGGUGAGGGAAAAAUUGUCAUCUCAAUGGUAAAUUGAAGAAUUAAAAAGGACCGAAAAAAACGAUUAGUAAAUGGAAGAAGUCCCCUAUCGCCCCUCAAAAUACUUUUGUCCCCUCACAACCUCCCAUCAUAAAGAUCUUUGAAUUAACUUUUUCCUCAGAGUAUAUCCCCUGGAACAAUCGUAUAUUGUUAUCUCUCUAUGGUUAAAUAUAUUUAUAUAUUUCUCUUAUAUCAUCCCCCGACACUGCUGCCAGACAGGCAGCCUAUCACAUUUGGUGCUGAUUUUAGGUAGUGUGAUGAAACAUUAUGGCACACGCAUUUGGCUGUCUCCUGGGCUGUGUCCAAAAUGGCACCAUAUUCCCUAUAUAGUGAACUACUUUUAAAUAGAGCCUAAUGGGCCCUGGACUUUAUAGGGAAUAGGGUGCCAUUUGGGACAGCCCCCUGCUAGGCUGGGUUUCAUAAAUAUGCAGAGCAGAGCAGGGUCUUAUUAGAGCCCCAGUAGAGAUGACGGGCUGCUCCACUCUGCCGGCCCAUUACAGAGGAAUGAGAUGGCUUCAGGGGAGCAUUAGUUACUGUGGAGCGGCAGGACCCAGACAUGUACUGCACGUGUCUGUGGGUCUGUGUGAGUGUGCGAACGGAAUGUCUGUGUGCGUGCCAUGCGUAUGGAUGCGCACCUGUGUGUGUGUGUGUGUGUGGCAUGUCAGGUGUACAGUGCAUUGGGAAAGUAUUCAGACCCCUUCCCUUUUUCCACAUUUUGUUACAUUACAGCCUUAGUCUUAAAUUGAUUAAAUGACAUGUUUUCCUCAUCGAUCUACACACAAUACCCCAGAAUGACAAAGCAAAAACUGGUUUUAUCAUUUUUUGCAUAUUUAUUAAAAUAAAAAACAGAAAUAACUUAUUUACAUAAGUAUUCAGCCCUUUUGCUAUGAUACUCGAAAUUGAGCUCAGGUGCAUCCUGUAUCCAUUGAACAUCCUUGAGAUGUUUCUGCAACUUGAUUGGAGUCCACCUAUGGUAAAUUCAAUUGAUUGGAAAGGCACACACCUGUCUAUAUAAGGUCCCACAGUUGACAGUGCAUGUCAGAGCAAAAACCAAGCAAUGAGGUCGAAGGAAUUAUCCGUAGAGCUCCGAGACGGGAUUGUGUCGAGGCACAGAUCUGGGGAAGGGUACCAAACAAUGUCUGCAACAUUGAAGGUCCCAAGAACACAGUGGCCUCCAUCAUUCUUAAAUGGAAGACAUUUGGAACCACCAAGACUCUUCCUAGAGCUGGCCGCCCGGCCAAACUGAGCAAUCGGGGGAGAAGGGCCUUGGUCAGGGAGGUGACCAAGAACCUGAUGGUCACUCUUACAGAGCUCCAGUUCCUCUGUGGAGAUGGUUGUCCUUCUGGAAGGUUCUCCCAUCUCUGCAGCACUCGAUCAAUCAUGCCUUUAUGGUAGAGUGGCCAGACGGAAGCCACUCCUCAGUAAAAGACACAUGACAGCCCGCUUGGAGUUUGCCAAAAGGCACCUAAAGGACUCACAGACCAUGAGAAACAAGAUUCUCUGGUCUGAUGAAACCAAGAUUGAACUCUAUGGCCUGAAUGCCAAGCAUCACGUCUGGAGGAAACCUGGCACCAUCCCUACGGUGAAGCAUGGUGGUGGCAGCAUCAUGCUGUGGGGAUGUUUUUGAGUGGCAGGGACUGGGUGACUAGUCAGGAUCGAGGGAAAGAUGAACAGCGCAAAGUACAGAGAGAUCCUUGAUGAAAACCUGCUCCAGAUUGCUCAGGACCUCAUUCUGGGGCGAAGGUUCACCUUCCAACAGGACAAUGACCCUAAGCACACAGCCAAGACAACGCAGGAAUGGCUUCGGUACAAGUCUCUGAAUGUCCUUGAGUGGCCCAGACUUGAACCCGAUCAAAUAUAUCUGGAGAGACCUGAAAAUAGCUGUGCAGUGACGCUCCCUAUCCAAACUGACAGGGCUUGAGAGGAUCUGCAGAGAAGAAUGGGAGAAACUCCCCAAAUACAGAUGUGCCAAGCUUGUAGUGUCAUACCCAAGAAGACUCGAGGCUGUAAUCGCUGCCAAAGGUGCUUCAACAAAGUACUGAGUAAAGGGUCUGAAAACGUAUGUAAAUGUGAUAUUUAAGUUGUUUUUUUGCUUUUUCAUUAUGGGGUAUUGUGUGUAGAUUGAUGAAGGAAAACAACUAUUUAAUCCAUUUUAGAAUAAGGCUGUAACGUAACAAAAUGUGGAAAAAGUCAAGGGGUCUGAAUACUUAAUGAAUGCAAUGUAUAUCUAUGUUCAGGAGUGUGUGUUGAGACAGCCAGGUUCAGAUGGAGGACAGCUUUAAUGCUGAACCUUCUCCCAGGCAGGCAGGGGGCUGGCAGAGGGCUUGCUGUGGCUCUGUGUGGCUAAAGGUGCAGAUUAAGACCCAGCCUGCAGGCCUCAGUGCUGGAGCCCUGCCUGCCCUCACUACUUGGGCUCAGAACAAGCUACUAGGAGCACUUUGGGACUGACAUAUAGGUUUACGUCUGAACACUACAUUCAGACAGAAGGCUUCAACAACUCUGUCUAGAGUCUAUAUCCCCUUACUGACUAAGAAUCUGUGAGUGACUGUACAUUACCACGGCUGUUUACAGACAAUGCAACGUUUAUAAGGUAAAGGUUUAGCUAAAGCCCAUAGACUUGACCUCAGUGUCUGUCUGUCUCUUCCCGCCCUCUCCCAUAUCCCAGCAGGCAUAGGAAGAGGACAGAGCCCCCCUCCCGCCGCCCCCCGGCACGCCCCAAUGAUGUCAACUGCAUGGUGCACCCCUCCCAGCAGACCCACGGGGGCCAGGCUCACACCCCUGAGAUGGGCUCCCCGGUGCUGGGUCACUCCUUCAGCCCCCGGGACCUGCUGCGGAGCCGCAACCACGGCCAGCUUCUCAUGGAUAGCCCCGAACACCGACGCCGCACCGGCCACGGCAGCCUGACCAACAUCAGCCGCCACGAGUCGCUGAAGAAGAUCGAAAGCCCGCCCAUUCGACGCUCCACAAGCUCGGGCCAGUACACGGCCAUGUUCCAGGAGCCCCACCCCCACCCGCACGGUGGUGGCAAGGCCCUUGAUCCGGAGACCAUCGCACAGGUCAGCGUCAGCACUGCGGGACGAGCGCAGCUCACUCCACCAGCAGCAGCACAGCCCUGCCCCGCCCUGUAAACCUAGUCAGUCUGCUAACUCUGAGUUCUGCUACUACUGAACACCUCUGUCACAACACUCCCAAACACAUUCACAUUGACAAUCUAGUUUUCAUUUAUAGUUAUCAAGACGCUCUUAUUCAGAGUGACUUAAAAUAAAUGCAGUAAGCUAAAGUAGGCGAGACAAGACAACCACAUAUCACAAUCAUUUCAAGGGCGGCAGGUAGCUUAGUGGUUAAGAGCGUUGAGCCAGUAACCGAAAGGUCGCUGGUUCUAAUCCCCGAGCCGACUAGGUGAAAAAUCUGUCUGUGCCCUUGAGCAAGGCACUUAACCCUAAUUGCUCCUGUAAGUCGCUCUGGAUAAGAGUGUCUGCUAAAUGACAAAAAAUAAAUAAAAAAAUACAACUUUCUUCAAAAAUAACUGCUAGCAGCAACCCCAGUGCUAGUAAGAAUAUCAAAAAUACAAUUGUUCGUGUCUGUGUUGUUACAGCAUCAAAUAGCUUCGGAGAUUCUUGGACAUUGAUGUUGAGUUAAAUAGCUUUUGAGACUAUCUAAUAUUAUAAUGUUACACAAGCUGUUAAUUUGGUCUGAGUGCUACGUGUCAGAACAGAUAAUAUAAAGUCAUUAUUACAAAGCAGCAUCAGUGUCUGCAUGGUAAUACUUUGUCGGCACAGGCCCCAAUUACCUUAUCAGAGCUCUGAUAACAAUGUAGCGCAUCUUCGCUGUAGCAGUGUUCAUUGUGCGAAAGCAUGAUAAGCAAUCAGCAGCGUGGAGAGACAUCUAAUUAGGAAGCUGAGGGUCAGAGAGAGGACGAUGUCUCUCUCUGUUGGGUUGUCGGUCUCUGGGAGAUGCUUGGAUGAAUAUAUCUUGUCAUCUCUGCGUCUUGUCUUUGGUAUUUGAAGUCAGGAACAUGCCCAGGGAUUUCAGUCUUAAGCAGCACUCUUAUCCUGACUGUGCUCACAUACAUGUACUGUAUGUAUGAUGCAUGCUGGUAGUGUGAUGUCACUGUGUUCUCUUAACUUGUCUAUCGUUCUUUUCUCUUUCUCUCCCCCCCUCGAUUGGCCUCCCUCUCUCCCUCCCCCUCUCUCUCCCUCCUCCCCUCUCUCUCGCUCUCUACCUGCAGGACAUAGAGGAGACAAUGAACACGGCGCUGAACGAGCUGCGUGAGCUGGAGAGGCAGAGUUCGGCCAAGCACGCCCCCGAUGUUGUGCUGGACACCCUGGAGCAGAGGCAGUCGACUGGGGGUCCCACCCCAGCCAGCUCCAGCGAGUCCCUCAGCCCCCUCCACAACAUCCUUCUGAGGGCUCAGACCGGCGAGGCUGGGGGGCCCCCGAUGCGCCGCAGCACCAGCUCUUCCAGCGACACCAUGAGCACCUUCAAGCCGGUAGUGGUACCCCGCAUGGGGGUGCAGCUCAAGCCGCCUGCCCUGAGGCCCAAGCCCCUGGUGCUGCCCAAGACGGGCCCAGCUCACCCCCCCCCCGCGCACCCUCCCCAAGACCCCCUGGACAAGUCGUGCACCAUGUGA